AUUGUUAAACCAGAAAAAUCGUAACAUUAAACAAGAACUAAAAAGUAAAAAAAACAUUCAUACUGACUGUGAUAAUGACAAUGAACAAAAUGAAGUUCAGGAAGCUGAAGUUGAAACUGAUUGUACAGCAUAUUUAAAAAUUGAACACGCCUGUGAGGAGGAUAAUGGGACACAAACAAAUGAGUGUGUAAAUGCUGAAGAAGUAACUGACCCGAUUGCUCGGCCAUUUAAAUGUGAAAUAUGCCAAAAAAGAUUUAAUCGUAAGUCCAAUUUAAAAAUACACAAGAAAAUACAUACAGGAGAUAAACCGUUCAAAUGUCAAUUCUGUGAAAAACCUUUUAUGCGUUCUGCUGACCUAAUUGUGCAUGAACGUUUACAUACCGGCAAUAAACCUUUUAAAUGUGAAACUUGUGAAAAAGAAUUUGCAUUGAGUUCCAAUUUAAUAGUUCAUAGACGUGUGCAUACUGGUGAAAGACCUUAUAAAUGUGAAAAGUGUCCAAAAAAUUUUUAUCGAUCAUCUGAUUUGAACUCGCAUGCUAGAAUUCAUACUGGUGAAAAACCAUAUGAAUGUGAAUUUUGUCAAAAAACAUUUACUCAGUUAGCUCAUGUAGUAGCGCAUAAGCGCCUACAUACUGGUGAAAAACCGUACAAAUGUGAAACAUGUGAAAGAGAAUUUACUAGACAGUCAGACUUGAUUGUCCAUAGACGAAUGCAUACCGGGGAACGUCCAUAUGCUUGUGAUCUUUGUGAAAAACGGUUUAGCCAUUCAUCUAAUUUGACUGAACACAAGAAACUCCAUGCUGGUGACAAACGAUACAAAUGCACAGAAUGUGGCAAACUGUUUGCAAGUUCAACAAGAUUAGUCGAGCAUGGCCGAACACAUACGGGUGAAAAACCUUAUAGCUGUACAUUUUGUGGUAAACUGUUCAGUCAAACAUGCAAUUUAAAGAGACACGAAAAAUUUGUACAUGAACAAAAAGAUCAAAAUACAAAUCUUAUUGGCCAUACAAUAUUGGAUAGUAGUUGAAAACAAAAACAAACAAAAAAAAAAAAAAAAAACCAUUAUAGGUAAAUACUUAAGUAAUUUUGUUUUCAUUUUAUUUUUUUUGUUAGCAUAUUACAUUUUUUUUAUACUUUUCCAUCGCAAUGAUGAAUUUAUUAAUAUUUUAUGUAAAUUGUUUUCAUAUUUAUACACUUCAAUAACAUUUAAGUAAUAAAUUUUAAUUAAUGCAAAAUAGUCACUUAUUAGUCAAUAUUACAGCUAAUUGAGAUGUGUUCUAUAUACAUGUAACCACAAAUUAGAUGGUGUUUGUGAAAAAUGAUAUGUCAUUUUAUUAAAUUUUACAUCAUACAUCAAUUUUAUGAAAAUUUCAUGACUAAUCAAAUGAUGGUAAUAAAAUCUCCUUUUUAAAUAUCAUGUAAUUACAGUAUGAUUUUAGAGGACUUGUGUUGUAUGCUAUCUACACCAAAAACAUUUACCGCAGCUGCAAUUUACACUAUUCUCCUCUAUUUUUUUGACGUCUAAAAAUUACUUAAUUCUUAUUAUUGUUGAAAAAAUAUAGUUUCCCGAAUGGAGUAGAUUUAAUGUUCUGAAUCGGUUAGACCAUAAAAUUUAUAUACCUACAUAUAUAGGUGUAUCAGUGUUUUUUAAAGGUUAACACAUCUGGUGUAAAAUAGUUUAUUCAGAAAUCGGGUUUGGUUUGUACUAUACACAUAACUAUACCUACGACAGAAGAAUACGCAGUCAAUGUCCUAGAUGUAGAUAAUGUACAACGCGAUCAAUGUUCGUAAAGAUAGUGUACAAUGUGAGUUUUUUUUUUAUAUCUCCUGAAAGUUUUAAAAUGUUACUUAUAACUUUUUUCACGGACACUGGCUAAUUGUAAUUUAUAAUUUUUAUAAUAUUAAAUUAUUACUUAAAUCAAUUUAAAUUCUUCUUUAGAUUUUCUAUUACCAAUGGAAAUUUUAUUAAUUGUUUUAUUUUGUAAAACCUAGUAGAUAAUUUUAAAUCUUUAAAAUUUGUUAACAAAUAUUUUAAGAAGUAAAUUUAAUUACAAUGCUGGCCACGGUAGUAAUAAUAAUAUUGUAAAUAAUACUAAUCUAUGCAAUGCUGAAAUCUCUUUGUUUUUAUUAAAACUGCAGAGGAUUUAAAGAUUUAAAGAGUUUAACGAAACUUUUUAAACUUUUGAAGUCUACUUGUUAUUUGUUAAACAUGGACUUCAUGGUUAUGAACUGAUGUUAAAUAGAUUAGGUUUACAGUUUUUAACUGUAACAAGUAUUAAUGAAUAAGGUCUUCCUACAUAAUCGUACGUAUAGGUGGGUUGGUUGAUUGUCCUGUAUUAUUUUUAAGGUAAAUUUUAAUGAUCUGUUACCCUUUGUUUUUGCCACUGUGUAUGUUAAACUAUUCCUUUAACUGGCCAAUUAAUCGAAUGCAGAAUGAUGCAUAUUGCUAAUGAAGACCCAUCUGCUAUAUUUUAUUAAACGUAUUGUAUUGUUAUCCUAUGUUGGCCAUACAUAUUCAAAUCUAUGUAAAUUAUGUAAAUAUUGUACUUGACCCGUGGCCCGUAUUGAAAUAUAAAUAAAUAAAUAAAUUAUAAAAAAAAAAAAUGUAGGACAUAUUGAUGAAUGUAAAAACAAUUAAGUAUAUUAUUAAUGAGUUUUGGUUUGGUCAGGCUACAGAUGAAGAAAUCAGUAAAAUUAAAUAUUUAUGAUAUAAAAUGAGCUGAUACUGGGGACAGGUGUACCAGUUUUGUAGAUGGGAAGUCGGGUAGGUAGAAUACAUAGUUAUUCAAUUUAUACCUGCAACCAAUGAUAAACCAUUGAUAAAGAAAACCGAUUCGGAUCAAAGUUUAGUUUUACAUAUUUUGAAAAGCCUUAAUAUUAUUGAUUUUUAUCAAAAUUAGAUUUUAAAACAUAAAAAAAAAAUAUGAGAUGACACACAAUUUAUUUUUUUCUACUAUGCACGACUUAUAAUGAACCUGUCAAAUUUCAAGCGUUUCUGUUUAGCCUAACAAUUUAAUCCACACAAUAUCUGUCAAAUAAAAAUUAGAUAUUUUUUUCAGUUUUAAAAAAAAACUACAGGCAAAUUCAAAAACCUAAUUACUUGGUCAUCAACUAGAUUCAAAAUUUAACAAUAAAGGUCUUUUUUCAUUUUUCUAUUGGAACAAUGUGAGCAAUGGUAAAAAAAUAAGUAGUAACAAUUUAAAAUAAUGAAAUUGUGCGCCAUAAAUUUGUUCAUUUUUCAUUUUUCGCCUUUUUCCAAUUAUUAUCAAAACUACUUGAAAAUCAUAAAACUUUCUUUCUUCGUGAGCAUCUAGACUUAAAAUUCAACAAGAAAGGUCUCUUAUCCUUUUUUAUAUUGGAGUAAUAUUUCUGGUAGAAAACAUAGUUUCGAAAAAUUGAAAACAAUAAUGAAAUCGGUAAUGGUAUGGCGCGCUGUAAAUAUUAGCCAUUUACCUAUAAUUUUCUUUUGAUUUUUCCUUUAUUAUUUUGAAAAACUCUCAGAAAAUAAAAAAACAUUAUCUUUAGUUCACUAACUAGAUAACAUUUCUUUUCAGAAAAGUUGUUACACUUUAUACAUCUGAACAUAUUUACUUUUUUGUGUACUUAUCCAGCAAGUGUUACAAUAUUUUAAUGGUUAUCCAGUAUUAAAUUUGAUCUAGUGUGUACGUAAAAAUCGAGUUUAAAUAGAGUUUGAGAACUAAUAAUUUUUUUUAUAUUAGCUUGCUUCAUCCAAGAUUAUUAACUUAUAAAAAUAGUAUGACUAUUUUAAAAUUAAAUUGAAAAACAAAAUAUGGACAAAUUGGUUUUACAGAGUACAUGUUGCCUAAAUAGUUGUAAUAGGUACUUGGUAAAAUUAAUAUAACAUUUCUCUAUAAACUUUGAACAUUUUAAACUCAAAAUUAUUUACAUGCUCACAUUAUUAAAAAUUUGGCACAUGUAUAUUUGUGUAUAGAACUAUAUUGUUGUAUAAUAAUUAUGGAUACAAAUUAUAAAUAAACCUUUGGUUAUAUUUCAUAAACUAAAUUUUUUUUUACAAAAUUUGUACACUAAAAUAAAUACAAAAAUAAAUUAGUUUCAUAAAUGACAUGUGAUAAUUAAAAUUAAAAAAAAAAACAAAAUUCAGAAAUUAGGUAGGUACAAAAAUGUUUGUGGAUAUUUUUUCUAGAAAUAUGUAAUGUAAUUUGAAAUACAAAUGCAUAAUAUUAUUAUGUACUACAUAUAUAGUAAAAAUAUAACAUAUAAGUGAUUGUAUGGUUUAAAAAUAAUCAUAUAAACAAGAACAACAUUUCAAUGAAUUAUCUAAGAUUAAUAUUUAUGUCAGUCAAUCACUCAAUCAACUGAUUGAUAUUGUUUUACGAACAUAAAUCAAUUGUUGUAGUACACAUAAAUAAAUAAUAAAAAAUUAUUAUGCGAGGAAUGUAUACAAUAAUAAAUUAUAAGUUUUCUCAAUCAACGGAUGAUGCAAUAAAAACGAUUAGGAACAAUUUGUACAAAUAAUAUAUUGAAGAAAAUUGUGGCAAUUACUUGUCAAGUUCUGUUGUUAUUGAUAUUAUUUAUUUAUUUUUUAGAACAAAAACAAAUAAAUAAAGUAAUGUUUUUUUUAAAAAAAUUUUUUAUAUGUUGACUAGAAUUAUUUUAAUUCUUAACAAAAUACAAUUUGAACCGAGCAUCGUGUUGCAUUAGUAAUGUACUAGGGGGUACACAAUAAAUUCGGGUCAGUAUUUCUUCUAAGUUGUAAGGAAAGUGAAGGACUUUCCUCAUUUAAUUAACUUAACAAUUACACAUAUAUAAUAAUAAUUGUACCUUCUAAAACAAAUUUUGGUUAAAAAACAUAAAAAGUAGAGCAGGUUUUUUUUAACAAUAAGUCAUAAUUAAGACUUAACUCAUAUUAUUUCAGUCUUUUAAGCUUACAAAGAGAGCUACCAAUCACAAAACUACCUCUGGAAGUCAAAUUAUAAUCGCCAUUUUUAAAAUAUAUAAAAAAUAUACAUUUAUACGUAUACAAUGUUUUGAGCAUUUUUACUAGACAAAAAUAAAUCAACUUGUUAAUAAAUUUAAAUAAAUAAAUAAAAAAAACAACACAAAUUGCACGAUUAUAUUAGUACCUAGCAUUAUGAUGGCGUUUAUGCCUUUUUGGUUGACGACUGUUGUGAUGAUGUUUGGACGUAGAUUUAUGUACACACGGUUGUGCAGCAGCACUCAUUACGUUGCCGUCAAGUUCUAGUUCAAAUUUGGCUUUCACUAUGCACCUGGUUGGUGUAGAAGCUCGACUAGAUCCUGAAGAUGGAGGACGCUGUGGUAUAUCAAUAUCGGAUCCACUGUCUGAACUAUAGUCAGAUUGGCUUGAUGGAGAUGGUGAUCUUGAUAAUGACAUCUGAAAAUAAAAAAAAUAGAUUAAUAUACCUGAGUUUAUAUUGGAGUAAUUUUAUGAAGGAAAAAAUAUUGUAAUUUUGUAGAUAGUAUUUGUAAAUAUAAAUUAAUAUUGAAUUUACUUGUGAUUUGGUUGUUUCCAUGUGAGGUAUAGACGUAGAGUGAAAGGAACCCGAUUCUUCAGCAAUGGUAGACAAUGAACUGUCUCUAGGUAUAUAACGCGUUCGAUAAUUACCACUAUUUUUACUUCCUUGUUGUUUUUGAGAAUUACUUCUUCGAGGACUAUUCUUUGGACGACUAUUCUUUUGAUUAUGAUGUGUCCGGGUAGAUGGUGGUGGAGGUACAGAUUGUCUGAUGCUGGUAUAACGAGCCCGUUUUUUAACCGGUUCAGGUGAUGGUGUACUUAUUCGAUCAGGAUAUAUUAAUGGCUUUAUCUAUGUAUAAUUAAAUAAUAAAUAUUAAUAGGUGUAUAUUAUUACAAUGAAUAUAAUUUUUUUUUUCAUGGAAACUUACCUCUGGUGGAGGACCGAACAUAGAUAAGAAAACUGGUAAACAUACAAGACCAUUGAACAAGCCAAACACUGUUUUAGCUAUUAAUAUAAGGAAGUAUGACCUGUAAUAACAAAAAUUAAAUAUGAUUUCUUUUUAAAACUAAAAUAAUUUAAAUUUUUACCUUGAUACAUAGUUAUUUUGAAAGACUAGCAUUAUAACUGCAAUAACUAAUGUAGCACCAGACUGAAGAAUCAUUUUGGACAUGUGCUCCACAGAUAGAUGGGUUCGUCGGUGUCUAUCACCAAUACUCGUAACAAAACUCUGUUCAUUAUAAGAAAUAAAUUAUUAUUAUAAAUAUUCAACAUUUAAUUUUAAUAUAGUUGAAAACUAUUUCUAAAUCUUGAAGAAAUUUAAGUAAUAUUUUGUUUUGGAAUAUAGUAGAAAUAAAUGUUUACAGAUAUUUUAAUUAAACAAAUUACAUUAUUUUUGAUAUUGAAUGUGUAAGACUUGACAUAACCAAAAUUGGUAUAAAAAAAACCUAAACUUUGAAUUGUAUAUUUUAUGACAUCUUAAUAAUUAUAAAUUCUCUUAACAACCCAUAGGUUGGUUUGUAGGUAUUUAUUACUUAUAGACAGUUUUUUUUAUCCAUAAAAUGUAUAUUACUAUUACAGUGUAUUAUUUUUACACUCACCAAGCAAAGGUGAAUGGUGAAUUGUACUCCAGUGCCCACUGUACCAAUUAAUAGCACAACUGGUAUAGCACUGAAUUUAAUGUCAGCAAAUCCCAUGAAGCCCAAAAUUUGAAUAACAAGUACAGCAGCCAUGAAUAAUAUUAUAAGAGCAGCUCGUACAUUACACAGAAACAAUCCACAAAUUAAAAAUAAAAACAAAAAUGCAAAUGUCAUGGCUACACAUAAGUAUUGGUGAAGUUCUUGGUAUUGUUCCCAGUACACAAAUGGGAUACCCGAGGGGUAGUUGGGCAAUCCACGUUCAUCAUAUUGUUUACAAAUGCCACGCACUGUUGAUAUGAAUUUUGUUAUAACAGGUGUUUCAUAUAAAUAACUGGCGUAGAAUGGCAUUUGAGCAUAGAUGAUCGGCGAUGACUUGACAAUUUGCAAAUCAUAAUCAUUAGCAACGUGUGUCCAAUGACGAGGUUCUGGUCGGAUGUUGGCUUGUGACGCACCAUAUGCCAGUAUGUCGUUAGACACCCAAGCAGUCAGUAAGUUGUAAAAUGUCUCUUCAUUAAUAAUGCCAUUUUCAUCAACUAAUCUGGCAUUCAAUACUAAUGAUUUGUCAAUUGGAUUAUCACUGUUACCAGUCUGCACAAGUAGCUUAUAACCGAGGAUACCGUUUUCAGAUGCACACGACUCCCAUCCUUCUUGAGUAAUGCACUUUUUUGUCCAGUCUUUAUCAAAUGCUUUUUGCAAUCCUAUAGGACAAAUUUAAACACUUAAAUAUGGAAUACAAUAAUAUUUCCUUUGUGUUAUUAUCUAAUAACUAAAAUUGCCAGCAUUUCUUACCUAAUAACCAUUCUCUGAAUAAUGUAAGCCACAUCUGAGGUAAACCACCAUUAUCGUUUUUCAAAAUAUUUGGAACACGCAUGAAUGCAUCAUGAUAUUCAUACAGUAAUUUUUGAUUAGUUGGAUACUCAAAAUCACCUCGUGUCACUGCAUACAUGUUGUAAAAGCCAAACAUCUGACCGUAUGUUCCGAGAAACUUUUGUUCGUUAGUGCCAUUGGGCACCAUUUCAGGUAAUGUUAAACCUGCUUGUAUUCUAGUAAUACCCCAUACACUAAUGCCCAACACCAAAAUAAACAUUAAAAUGACACGUAUGCGACAAGUACUAGUUGUCAAAUAAUGGACAUAUCUCUGUGCGAUAUCUUUAGGACUCCAAUCACAACAAUGGUUUUUUGUUAUUUCUAUAGGUACAUCUUCAUUAUCUGAACCAGGAUCUCUCUGAUGGAAAAAUAAAGAUUAUUAUUCAAAUUUCAAAAUAUUUAACUAGGUAGAAUGUAACUUACCAUUAAUAGAUUAGUAUUGUUUGAAGGAGUAGGUGAAUCUGGUUUUCUAGUAAAUUGUCUCAUUUGAUCAUCAAUUGUACUUGCUGUUCCAAGAUAAUGAUUAUUGUUGAAAAACGGCCAUUUUAAGUCUUCAGACGGAAAACAACAAAAUAUAUCUAUCCUCGCACUUCUUCUUCUACGUACGUCAAAGCUAAUAAGUGAUGUAAUGCCAAAAAAUGUAGUAACAAAAACAAAUAUGACCAAUAUAGCGAUCUGCAAGCAGAAUGCUCGUAAUGCAGGAAUUGGCACUACAGCAGCAGUCAAAAAAAUUGAUACAAUGAUGAGAGUUGUCAUUAGUAUAUUUGUUCCAGUAGACUUCAAUACCAUUCCAACCUGUUUUUUACCCAUGUAACCAUUGUAUGUCUGAGUCUUGAAUAAAUAAAUACAAACAUGUUAUAAAUUGUUAUCUUUAAUUUAUUUUAUUUAUAUAUAGUACACUUACAUUGUGAUCGAAUCCUUGAGUUGAUAAUCGUUCAUAACUGAACAUCAAUAAAAACAUGUUGUUUACCCCUAAUGCCGAUGAAAUUGAUAUAACAACCUAUAACAUUUAAAUACAUUGAUAGUAUAAAUAUAAUGUUUGAUUUAUAGAAGUAUGUGGAUAAAUAAGAGUAUAUUUUGUUUUAUACAUACAGGUAUGGUAGCAGAAUGAAUUUGAAUGCCAAUAAGACAACAGAAAGCAAUGCCAGAUGCAAUUGAAAACAUUAUUAAUAGGAGACUAAAUAGACCAAUGAUUAAUUGAGACCUGACAGCAUCAAAUAAAUUUAUUUGCAUAAUGCAAACAUAAAGGACCUGUAAUUGAAAUUUAAUUAAUGGAACCGUUUUUAUAUAUUUUUUAAACAAUUGAAAAAACAUACCAUUAUGAAACAUCCAAUGUAAAUUAAUUUAGGUUCCAAGAAAUCGUAUUGACUAAGUAAAUCAUUCAGUAACAUAGUUGAAAAAGUAUAAAAAUUGUAUGGAGCCAUUGUGGGAGAUUUGAGAACUUUUUUGACUUCCUACAAACAAUUUUUAAAAUAUAUUAAAUAAUAUUGUAAUAGGUAUUAUAAUAAAUACAAGUUAAGUAAAAUAUAGGUAAAUACAGAACUGUGUUAGGAGAGGGGGGCUAAUUAGUACAUCUUCAACAGUGUGCCUUAUUUUUUUUCAAGGGGAAGGUGUGAUUAUAUAAAUUAUUUCUUACACAAUAUAGAGAUCAGUGUUUUCGAUUUUGGGGAUCGCACUUUUAUGAACAGAUGGAGAGAUUGAGGGGGCAAGAUGCUAUUAAAUUUUUGCCUUAAGGCACUAAAUGGCUUAACACAGCUCUGGUUAAAUGUGUUAUAAUACUAACCUCAUUGAAUUUCUUUUGCCAAGUUUUGAGCACCAACGCAGCUUUCUCUUGAUCCCAUGAGAAAUGUAAUACUUUGUAGCUUUGUAACCAAAAUUCAUAUAGUUCUUUUUCGCCCAUUAACUGUAAUACUGACUGCAAUGCAUCAGCACUGUGAACAUUUUUUUAUGUACGCAUAUUCAUUAAAUCAUUAUUAAUACAAAAUAAUAAUAUAAACAUCCGACAAUUUGAUGAUGUAAAUUACUUUUGUAUGUAUCCAGUUUUGUUCUGGGCCAUACCACCCAAUAACAACUCUUUAGGCCAGUGCAUAUAUUUACUGGCAAAUCCUCGACAACCAUUAGCCAAUUCCGUUCCGAUGUCCGGUAUCUGUAAAUUAAUCAAAUCGAUAUUAUUUCAAUUAAAUUGUUGACGACGGAUAAUGUACGAAACUCGAAAUAAUUAUUUUUUAUUUUUAUUUGUAUAACAAAUCUCUAUUUUUACACGUUUAACCCGUACGACGACGGCAUUUACAACAGACGGCUUGUUUGAAAUGCAUACACAUAGUUAUCAUUUACAAAAAGGAUGUGGGUACAGGAAAUGUGGGCGUUGAUUGUGUUCCCCUCGUCAUAAACGCCCGGUGUUUUAAGACAACAUAUAAUGUUCUAAUUAUGUUUCAAGACAGUGGUGUACGGUGCGCGUUCAUCAGUUUCGUAGUCAUUAACGGCGGCGGCGCACAGAGCCCCGGCCAUUUGAAAUCACAAAAUACAGUGAAAUUGUUAAUCGCGUUCAAGCGAAAUACUAUUUAGACGCGUUUAUUAUUGUUUUUCGACACGCGGUUACGCGUUGAUUUUUCUACGGGACUUGCGAUUUGCAGACCGCGGCGGCGCGGGCGAAAACCCCGUCGGCGGACAGUGCCCCGUACCCGGAGAAUCGACGUGCCGCCCGGGGAAAGGUUAUUCGACGAUUUUCGCGAACAAUCGUAAAACGCAUACGACCAUAUUACGGCGGCGGUACCCAGAACUAUUGUUGUGUUUUCGAAUUCGUUUGCCGGUAACCGUUUACGAACAACCGACGGCCGGUUAUGGACGCCGUCCGUCGGAUUUGCAGGAAAACAAUAAAUCGCGGUCGAACGUGACCGGAACUGACGAAAUCCGCGCGCGCAAACGACAAUCGGGAUAGGUUAUAAAUGAAUUUCUCCGAACGGCCGGCGUCGCCAACACGUCUAAAACGCGCGGUCCGACGAAUCCGUUCCCGCGUUGUGUUUCUUCGCUCGUUUCGCUUUUGCCGGUGUUGUCCGGAAAAUUUCGUUUACGAAAAGUUAGAACAAUGGGUGAAAAAUGACGAAUCGAUAUUGAGAGUUGAAAAUUUAACCGGUCCGAGUAGGUCGGGUUUGACCUGCCUACAAACAGGACCGUAGUAUUUCGUUUGUUUCACACUGGUAGGAAAACGUAAAUUGUCGACCACGACGACAGGCAACGCGAAACGCGCAAAACGAUUACUUAUAUUAAAUUCGUAAUAAUUUUUUUUAUAGGUAACGUAUUGUUUUUCGCAGAAUUUGGUUAUUUUUCCGACCGAAGAAUUACCAGUGACUACAAAAGAAAUAUUACCAAUAUAGUAUUAUAAUUCCGGUACGUGUGUCCGCAUCGUGUUCCGGUGACGUAUUCAAGGGAGAAGGUCAGGGAGCUACAUGUCCUCCCUCGACAUUUUUUUUUUUUUUUCGUAGCUAUUAUUUAUACAAAUACUGAAAUACGUGUUUUGCGAAUUCGAAUUUCAUUACUUUUUAGUCAGAAAUAUUGAAAACGCGCGUGUUCCUACCAACCUAACCUAACCUACCGAGUUAAAAAAAUCAAAAAAAAAACCCCUAACAAUAGAUAAUUUUCCCUACAUAAAAUAUAGACUUUUCAGUUCUUUAUGGUUAUUUGAAAUUACGCUCGAGUUUUUGAUUUUUAUGCUAAUACAAUUGUUUUGGCCCGGUAAAAAUGUUUUAAACGAGUGAUUCGUCGCAAGCUGUAUUUAUAGCGAUCAAAAUAAAAUAAACGCCGAGCCACUGCGGUCAGCCGCUCAGGUAAAUAUUUUCUUUCUCAAUACAUUUUCUCGGUUAGUGAAAAUGCUCUUCGAUACGUGAAUGCUCAAAUUUUUUCACGCAGUACCUCAUAAGCAUUUCCGCCGGGUCGCAUCUUACGGAAAUAUUUAUCGUCAUUAUCGGCUUUUCACUCUAUAGAUCCUGUUUUUUUUUUAUUUUGGAUAUUGGAUUCCCUUGGCAACAAUGGAAAAACACACCUAGUUUAUUAUUCAACUCAGAAUCGGUUUAAGUUUGAAAUGAAAUACCAUUGCGUACAGUCAUAUAAACUAAAUCACCUUAUAUACCUAUCCAAUCCUAUACCUUCUCAACUCUCUAAUUUUACAACAGAGACGGCUCACGUAUGGAUUUUUUUUUAUGAAAAUUCACCUUAUGAUUCACCUAUUUACCUAUUCGCCCACGAGAAACCAAUUAGUUUUUUUUCUGUUCCGACACAUCUCAAAAUCUCACGGGCCUCCUCACUCAACCGAGUCCCGGACCUCCCUAUCGCACCGAUAUUUUAUGCGUUUAACGAUAUUACGUAACAUAGAUUUACAUUUUUCGCGUUGGGAAUUUUGCUCGGGUACAGGAAACCGCGCAGGAGAGCACGGCCAGUUUAAAAUCGAAAACGCGCACGGGGAACGCGUGGCGGCGGCAGGAGACGAAAUACCGGCGACUGCCUAGGUGGCUGGCUGUAGGCGGACGGUUCGAACCGCGGCAACAAUCGGGAAAAACAUCGCAUUAUCGUACGGUCACCCCCGCGGUAUAUUAUCCGGCGGUCGCGGAUGCCAUUUAUCAUAUUUUUAUUGUAUUGCAUUAUUCGCAUUGUGUCGCGGCGGUGUAACGCGAUCUGAUUCGGGUGGCGUAAUAAUGCGAAAUCGUUUCGCUUUGUCCAAGACGUUUUCGGCGGUUCCUCUAUUCACGAGAUUAUUUUCACGCGACAGAAGAAUGAGAACAAAAACUGCGGUGCGCGUCGUGCGGGCCCUUCGAGAACGCAGUGACGCGAGAACGACGGCAGGUGAACGAACGGUUUUUUUUUUCGUUUGUUCUUUUUUUUUUUUUUUUUUUUUUUUUUUUUUUUUUUUCUCUCUUUUUUUUUCGCGAACGUUUAUUAUGUCGGUCGCGCGCGAAUCGCGACCGACGGGGGACGGGUGAGAGUCGGCGGCGGCGGUGGCGGCGGGUGGCUUCGGACGCGGCCGGACGAGCCGUUAAAUUGUUACGAUCGGGUGGCACGUUAUAAAGUCACGAUGGGAGCCGCUGCCGGCCGUACGCAGGUAGGCGAACCCGGCGCGCCGUUGCGAACGACCGGGGUCCGUCGUCGCGCGGUUCCGAGAAAAAAAAAAAAAAAUAAAUACUUAUAAAGACGCGCGAGGAUGAAGCUGUUCGGGUUUCAUUGGACACGCACAUACGCGUACCGCGGCCCCGCUAUAAUAUACGCGCGCGCGCGCGAGCGGACCGAAAGAAACGGGGACCACCCGCGGCGCGAACCGACGACGGCGACUGCGCUGAGUUGCCAUUUACGCGCGGCGGCCGCGGAGCAGCGCCGCGACACACAAACGCCAAAAAUAAAAACGCACGAAAUAUUAUUAUUCCGUGAUUUAUCGCGCGGCGCUGUUCCGCGCGCGCGUUGUCGCCGCGGCGUCGGACGCGACGCGUCGCGGAAAACGGCAGUGGGCGUCGGCGCGCGCGCGCGCGCGCGGGGGGGGGGGGAAUCGGUUUUUCCCCUCAUCCCCCCCGGCCAACAAAUUGGCCCACCGACAUCGACGGGACCACCCCCGUCGAAAUCGCAUACGGCCCGCGUGCGUUCGUAAUCCGCCGAAUGCCACUUGGCACUUUUUAAUAAAUUAACAAUAAUAAUAAUAAUAACAUAAUUUAUUAAUUACCGAAUUCCGUAGGAAAUGUUUGCGUUUUUUUUUUUUCUAUAAUUGGACGAAAACACAACACGCGCACGCACGUCGAUUAUAUUAUUGUACCGCACGUGUACUACAAUGCCGCGUAUAAUAUCGCGCGCGCAUUCUCCGAUCUAUUUUAUAUUACACGACGCAUGUAUACACAGUGAAAAUAAGAUACGAACGAUAUAGUGUCUAUCGCGGAUAUCGGCCCGCAUCCACGGGGGUAACGCACACGGACGGGUAAACAUUCCCGAACCCCCCUGCCCCCUUCACCUUUUUUUUACCGAAUACGGCCGUAAUAAAAAUCAAAAGUAAGGCGGUAUUUGUGUGUGUGUGUGUGUGUAUGUUUUUUUUAUGCGAAGGAAUGCCCGGGCGCUGCGGAGCCAUUGUGUACGGCCCAAGGCCUAUUAUAUCAUAUUAUACAUAGGUAGGUGGGUUAUGUGCCUCGACCGUAGUAAUGAAGGCAUCACCGGCCCGAGAAUGAUGGCUCCAGAGUGUGUGCACGCGGCGGCGCACAGGCAGGCGGCCGCGCGCGCGUGUGGUCUCCUCGGGUCCGCCGGUAUACCGACUUCAAUUACCCUGGGCACCGGAGAAAUAAUAAUAAUAAUAAUAAUGAAAAAAAAAAAAUAAUAAUAAUAAAGAGAAGGCGGGCGGGCGGGACGGGUAGGGGGAACGAGUGAGAGUCUGCGUUGCGUGCGUGUGCGCGCGCGCGCGCGCUCGCGUGUGUAGGUACCUAUACCUAUACAAGCCGCCGCCGCCGCCGCGUUCGGCCGUAUGACAGGACCGUGGUAGUUUACGCCGCACUGCACGCAGAGACUUGCCGGCGAACGACAAUGCCUCCCAAGAGGUCUUUGUUAUGCAAAUAAGUCAAACAUUUUUAUAUAUUAACGAGGCGGCGGGGGUGCGGAGCCUAAAUAUGUUACGGAUAUAUUGGCCGGAUCGUAUACGCAGGUAGAUAAUGUAAUGUUAUUUUUACACGGUACGGGUUCUGAUAUUGUUAUUUAUUAUUAUUAAACGGCCGAGUAGGAACGGCGGCGGCGGCGGGAUGAACGCGACGCGGUCGUCACGUUACGGGCCGCGCGGGAGUUGUUAUGGAACAGACGCGCGGAUAAAUAGAUGCGUUUGGACCGCGAACACGACGCGUAGGACUUUUCCUUUUCUUCUUCUUCCAAACGCGCUUGACCUAGAAAACGCGCUGCUGCACGGCGACGGCUACGAAAGGAAUUCCCGAUUUCGUUUGUCCGCGACGAUAUUGUCGGCCGUACACGGUACGUUUUUUAUUUGUUUUUUUCUACAGUAAUUACGAGCCCCGGACGCGUAAUAACGUUCCCUACGACACUCGAAAAUCGAAAGAUAAAUCUCCCCCGUCGGCAUUUUUUAAAUUCGAUUUUUUUUUUUUUUACUUUCUGGUCGAAAAAAAUCAAAAAUUCGUCGGCCCCAUGUAAAUAAUAAUUAUAACAAUAAAAAAAUAAAAAAUCAAGCAACAGCAGGUACGUUUCUUUGUUAAAAAAAAAAAAAACGAAACGGGUCUUCGAAACGAAACUUUCUGUAAAGGAGAUUCUUCUUCUCCUUAUGCUCGGAAUAGGAUAAAUAAACUAAUUCAUAAUUAUAAUUACUAUAACAUUUCGAUGUUUAUCGAUUAAUCGAAUUGCAUACAAAAAAUACAAGGAUUUAAAAUCGUAUCUUUUGUUUUUGUUUUACGUCUAUAGGGUACAGUCUAUUAUACAAUAUUUCAGAAUUCUAUAUCUCCCUCCCCCCUUGGCGAAAUUCCAAAUACGCCACUGGCAUCGCGACGGUGUUUAGAUCCGAUUGAUGCAAACGUAUAGAAUCGAUACCUAACCUAACACAAGAUUUCAACGAUAGUUAUUUUUUCGUUAUUAUUGCAUAUUCGCGUAGAUUACAUAGAAUAAUCCACAUCGAUUGGCAUUAAAAAACAAAAAAAAAAAAUAAAAUUAAUAACAACAGUGAGUUCAUUUAUUUAUAAAACCUAUUAUGUGAAAAACAGCCACGUUUGUAGAAAAAUACAGGAAUAACUCGGCGCAAUAUUGUAAAACGCAUUCGUUCCGUUUUACCCGGGCGCCGUUCUCAUGACCAAACAUUCCGCUCUGUUAUUGAGCGUUUUCCCCCGAUGGCCCGGCGAACACGAUGCUGCACCGAAGGGAGUCGGUGUCCCCUAUAAGAGCACCGAUCAUCUGUUAGCUAACCGGCGAAAAGUCACCGCGGUGGUGAAGAUAAAGCAGCGAAAAAAAAAAAACAGCAAACGUCCAUGACCGUCGUAUUCGAAACCCUUCGGGAAAUCCUUCAAGAAAAACCACCAGAACGCGUGUCCGGCCGGCCGCACGAUAAGACGGGUGUCUGUUUGAAACUAACAACGCCUCAUCUGGCCAAUCGGAGAGUUCCGUUUGCGUGUGUCUGUGACUCGUUUCAAAGUAGAUAACGUUAAUACGCGACCCGGACGCGCGCGCGUGUUUAUGCAAAGCCCGUAUUUUUUUUCCCCGUUCGUUUGCGUCUAUAAAUAAUCGCAUGUGUUUACUAUGCGAUGUUAAAUAAACAAAAUAUUCGGGAAAUGUUUGUUUUUUUUUUUUUUUUUUUUGUAAGAAAAAAACAUUCACGAAUCGAAAUAUUAUUUACUUCCUAUCGCGCGCGUAAUUAGUACAAUUAAAUCACACGGGUUCGCCAUAAAUAACACCGAAAACGUUACGCGAGCUGACAAAUUUACGGCCGCGUCACUUUACGAAUUAAUUGCGCCCGGAAUCUAAUGCAGACCACCACGUGCCGCCGCAUACCAGUUCAACGGGUUGAAUUAUAUUAUUUUAUCGUGUCAAUGGUAGCUGGGUCGCGGACACCGGGGUAAAUAUUGUAAAUUGCAAACUAAGGAAUCGGGUUUCACGGGUCAAAAAAUAAAAAAAAUGUUCGAAUUGGGUUCCGUACAGACAUCAGUCAACUAACCGCAGUUGGGCACACGCGCAGUACUUGUUAUAACUUACGUGUAGUGUAUGGAAGUGAAUAUGGUCACAAUGUUAAGUGAAACAAAUAAAAAAAAAUUCCACGUGACUAAUGGUUUUAUGUACAGAUCCCUAACAAAAAAAAAACUACCGGGAAAGGAAACGUCGACCGGUAGAUUUGUACAAAGAGACGUUGUAAAUCAUUUUACUACCAUGUGUAUGUGUGUGUGUGUUUUUUUCCUUUUUAAAUACACGGCUUAAAUAAUACCGAGGAAAAGUUACACCGACGAACGAAACCGUUACAAACAUAUUGAAACAUACUGAACAGCGGAUUGGAGAGGGGCGAGCUUUGAGUAAUAAGUUAAAAAAAAAAUCAACCACCCGUGUGAACGCCCUAUAAAAAUAAUCCGUUAAAAUCUAUGUAAAAUGGAAGGGAAAUUGAUGACGGUUAGUAAUUCUGUUUUAUUAUUAAAAAAUGACAGUUCAUUGGAACCAAUUCGUAUGUUACCCGUAUUAGACCACCCAGAAAUCGAUUCACAGGCCGUCCUGUGUAAACUACACGUGUAAGCCUUAAAUGUUUACUACAUUUCGUUGCAAUACAAGUGACAAAAACAACUUACCUUUUUGGUUUUUUUGUUCGGAGCCGUAUCUGGACAGUCGGGAUCUUCCGGGUCUAAGCACAGUUUAUCUUGGUAACCUGAAUUGAUUCCUGCCUAAACGUAAACAUUAAUAACGUAAAAUAAUUAAUUAGCAUGCUAUUAUAUUUAAAAGCGAUUUUCUAUUCCACCAACGAUUACUUACUCGUUUCAUGUAAGUUUCAAGCAUAUCGAAUGGAAAAUUCGAGUCCCCCAUGGCUUUAAUAGAUUUCAUUAGACUUUGAGGAUUUAAAUUUGUCCAUUUAAUACCGUUUCCGACAUUACUGAAAAAAAAACGUACCGAAAUUAUUACUAAUGUUACAAUAUAUUGUCGGUAUAAUAUAUAGGGAUUAAAUAUGCUACUUACGGGACGUUUAUAGGAUUUUCUGGGCCCAACAGUUUGGAACCUUCCCAAAAACAAUCUAAAGGAGUAAUUAUUUCACAAGGCAUCAUACUUUCAAAUAUCUAAAAAAAAAAAAAAAACCAUAACGCCUAUUAAUAAAACAAUUUGAGAUCGCGGAAAUGUAUAUAAAAACUACUCACAUUGUCUAUAUAAUGGACUUCGAAAUCCGGAGGGCUCGGCGACACGCAAAUGUCUUUGAGACUCCAUGUCCUGUUUACGAAAAUAAACGUCAAUUAAUCCCGCGUCAAACGUGUUCGAUAAUAGACAAGCGAUGAUUUUACGAAAAAAAAAAAAAAAAAAAAAAACUUACACGUCGAAUAGGUUGACUGUGACAUGAGAGGCGGCUCUGAGGAGCUGCAGAUGAGCGAGCAGCGCUUUUUUAUGGAGAAGCCGCUGUCGAGGCACUUCCGGAGAAGUGGCCUCUUUGGCUGUUUGCGUGACCAACAAGUGUAUGACGCUUUCCGUCUCGCCCAGCGCCGAUUCCGAAUAACGCAAUUCCGUUUCCAGACGUCCUCCCGCUAAACGAGUCGAAAAAAUAAAUUUGAAAAAAAAAAACCACUCGGGUUAAGUCCACUGCAUCCGCGUUUGCGGUAUAACAUUUCUUUGGACCCGCGGGGAGAAGAAGGACUUGAGUCAAUUUCGUAUGGGUAUAUACAUAGUAUCCAAUGAGACGACGACACGUCCUAAUCAAAUUUUGAUAAUAUACAUACAUACGCAUGCAAUUUAAAGGGGGGAGGGGAAAUCAAAAAUGCCGAAAAUUAAGCUCUUCUUCCCCGGGACCAAAGAUUUAUUCGUGUUUAUCGACAAAUGACUUACACUCGACCCAUAGUUGAUCGAACUGCGAGUUCCGGUCGAAAGCCUUGAAUCCGGCCAACAGAACUCCGAGACCCAGCAACAGGGGCAGGAAGAACACAUGUGUCUUGCGAUGGAUCGACCUUCCCAACCGCUCCAGGCACUUUUGUUCCCAAGCUCUAAACCGCACAGCGCACAAACGUCCCGAAGCUUUGCCCUGCAACACGUCCAGUAGGUCGUUAUUAACCGUGGUACUUUUGUGAAUUUCGCGCGAUGCCGAUUUGGAGGGCUCGGCGCGACAAAACAGGACGGGUCCGUUUUUCGCCGGGAAUCCGGUCGAACCGGACGAGUCCUUAUCACUUGUAUAGCUGGGCAUUUUUUCCGUGUCUAGUAGACGGACUGCAGCGCAUUGUAAACGUACGGCGUUUAUCGCGAAACUAUCAACAAGUGUCGUUUUUCGCAGAAAAAAAAAAAAAAUAAAAAAUACGCCGACUCGCUCUGCCGCCGCACCGAGCCCUCUUAUCACGUUCGAUUCGUCUCGACGAAUUAUCCACGCGCGCGUAACACGAGGAAAUAUUUGAACUGGCCGGCGGUAUAGGCGCGUUUCGACAAGACAUUAUGAGAACCCCUGUAUCACGAACGGUGGGAGCGAUAUGCCAGCUGGAUGUUACUUCCUCAACGCACUUAUUAUACGUGCAUACGUAUACAUAUAUAUAUAAAUAAUAGUCUGUACGUAUGCGGUAUACGUAUAUGCGUGUACACAAUGUACGUAUACGGUUGUGCGGGGACCACAUUGUGUUGCGUGAAGUCACGGGGACCACCCAGACGCCUCAAUUACGGGGGAAUAUACGGGCCGCGAGAGAGAGCGACAGACCGGGGGCUUGGUCGCGCAACAUGUAAUCAUUCUUGGUAGCGACGCGCGCGUAAAUACACCGAACGGACGUAUUAAAAAAAAAAAAAAUAAUAAAAAAAUAUAUAUAUAUAUACAUAUAUAAAAACACGGCCCGCCGCCGCCCGAGAAGAAGAGAUUCGGGUCAAAAAAAAUCAGCGUGCCUGUAUAAUAUCGGUCGCGUUAUAUCCCCCACCCACCCGUUUUAAAGGCCGUAAAUUAUCACCGGUGCUACACCACUGCAGAUACGGGUUAACAACGGCGAUAAAAUCAUAAUCUCCUCCACCCCCCCCAGGGUUUAAGCGGGCGACGAGCUAUUAGACAACGACUACCGCACGAGAGGCGUCGCGCUUGUAUUAUUUGUGUUUUUUUAAAAAAUCGAAUAAAUCACCGAUUAAUAUUACAUUACGCACACCGGAUUCUCGAAUACUGUCCCCGAUGAUUACCAAAGAUUUCCGUAAUUAUUAAUCGAACGUUUGUACGUCGAUUUACCCACUGCCGGUUUUAAACGUUACUUCGUAAUUACCGGAUUUGGCUCUGGGGCCUCGCGCUUUUAUGGGGUACCUAUACAAAUUUAAAAACGUUUAUAAUUUGCACAGGGCGCCUCGCAAACCACAGCGCCGGCGCCGUCGAGAGUGUCGGUCCACGGUCGGGUUUUUCGCGAGACGGUAAAUCGCUAACGACGGAGAUUGACGAUCGAAAUGUUUGGUAAUCGCGCGCGGAAAUCUCACGGGAAGGAAACGUCAACGAAAAAUCAACGGUAUUCCGGAAUACGGUGUACACGACGACCGGUGAUUUACCCCUCGGCUGAGACACGAUGGGCACUUUACACUGUCGAUAGUUUGAACGGACUAUCGAAUAUUUUUUCCCCGACAAUCGAACGGUUUAACCGAAGUUGUUCCCAUCACCAUAAAGCAUUACCGACGACGUGUACACGGGGAACACGGUGCUUGGGCGCGUUGCGAAUAAAAACGUGUUGGAAGCGGCCAGAGUAUUAGCGAACGCUAAGGUGGAUUUAGUAUACCCAAUCCGCUUCGAAUCGGAUAGAAUUAAGAAUGGAGUCUAAGAGUAGCGGGUGUAGCGGAGAAAAACCGAAAGAAAGCAUCAUAUGCAGUACGGCCGAUACCUACGUGGACACGCCGAUAGAAAGAGACUAUGUGGCAGUCGAGAAGUUCCAGUGAUACAAGUUUGGUGUGUGUGUGUGUGUGUGUGUGUGUGUGUGUGUAACAGUAGACGGGGUAAACCGCCGAACAAAAGUGGCUAUAUAGAGAAUAGAGGUUAUUUAUUAUGUUGGAAGAGACGCGGAGGUCAACAGUAAAAGUAACGGAAUCGCUGUGCAAGAUAUAAGGGCGAAGUGAGGAGGCGAUGUAAAAAAAUCGAAUUACUUUCGUACUUGUAUAGAGAUUGGAGACGGUGGCGGUUUUAUCUAUAGCGAAACGAAUAUUCGGCAGAAAGCGGAUCUGAACUUUUUCCGUCCCGACUCGAGAUCGAUCUUUUUCGCAUUAAUUAAAUCCUAAACAACAAAUCGUCAAUUAUCUAAUCAAAUAUCGCCCAAUAAAAUUACGUGUAAAGACUCUAGAGUAUACGGCGAAUUCGAAUCUAUUUGCAGAAUUCGUAAUAGAGAAAAAUGGCAGGAAGAUAUGUUUGACCCCGAGACCCAGACAGCUUGAGUCCACGAACGCGUGCAUCUAGGCGGGAAAUAGGAAAAUUGGACGGCGGGACGUUGGUAGGGCGGAAAAUAAAUAAAUAUGGCGUUUUUCCAUAGUUCGACAUUCUUAUUUUUACCCUAAGACCAAUAAUCGUUUUCAAUUCCCCAUAUUAUAAUAUAGGUUCUUUCGUUUAAGCAACUAUAUCAACUAUCGUUUCUACUAAUUGAAAAAAAACACACGCACGCAAUAACUAUCCGGUUUACUAUUAUUACGGUAAAAGUAAACGUUUAGAUUUAACAAUGUGUUAUGACGAGAGUAUAGAUAAGGAAUGAGUACAUACAAGAGGUAACUCGGACGUGGCUCCUAUAGUAGAAAAAAUGAAAGAUAAUACUGAUCGAGGAGGAGAUGGUUCGGGCAUGUCACGAAGGGAGAGUAAUCGGAAACGGUAAGAAUUUUAAGGAAAAUUAACGUAGGAUUAAAAAGGGCUGAGGAAUACCGAAGAAGAGGCGGUUGGUUGCGAUCGAGAAUGAUACGAGGACGGCCGGUGUAUGCGAGGUGGGAGAUCGGGUCAAGUGGAAGUUUCGAUGGAGGGUGACCGACCCCACAACGUCGGGAUGAAGGCGAAGGAGACGAAGACCAACAAAUAGACGUAGGUAUGUAGAAAAAAAAAACGCCACCCCCGGGCCCUUUUGUUAAUGUGAACGCGCGUAACGGUACCUACAAAAUAUUAUAUUAUUAUUACACACUGCCAGAUGGUCGAUACACGUCGUCGUGUACGAAUUCAUCGAGUCGAGUUCUAUACGGUUAUUUUCUCUGAUGAAUUUUUUUUUUUUUUUUUUAAUCGUUUAUCGAACCAAACACUAAUAACAAUAACCGUAGUAAAGGCGAUAAAUAAAUUUAAGGUUAUUGGUAACACGGUAUACAUUUUAGACUUAAACGCCAGACGAAAUUUCAAUUUUGAAUUCCCCGGGUUCUUAACUGGGAUACGUCGGUGACGGACAUUUUCUCAACGGAAAGCGUGAAAAAAAUUUGAUCGUAUUUCUGAAAAACGUCCGAACAUCGUUUAUUCAGAGUAUUUGUUCCCUUUACGCUUACGGCAAAAAUAAUAAAAAUUCAAAAAAAAAAAAAUCCCAUCGUAUCCUGUGCUACAGUCAACGAAUCUAACGAACAGUGCGUUUUCGAAAUUGAAAUUGGUCAAACGCGAUUGCCGCAGUUUUGUUCUGGACGUCGCGGCCCGCGAUGGACCGGUGGGAAAAGUCACCACCAACCCCAUUGACGGAAGAGACGCGCGACAUUAUCAACCGACAAUAUUAUGCUCGUAUACAGAGCGGUUAUUAUAUUUCGUGACGCUCGUUUACGACCAACACCCUGUACAAACACAGUUGUACGCAUAAGGUUCGCCGAGUGUAACAAUACACGCGCUCGCGCUCGAAAAGCGAAAGGCGUUUUUUAUUACGACUUAUGAGUAAUUACGCCAUAUUUUUAUUAGGAAACCGAAAAAAAAAAAAAAAAAAAAACCGAUUUCGCGGCGUUCGAAUAUUUAUUUCGUUUUACGUUUUUAUUGUAACUACGGAAAAGUUCCGAGAAACGAAAAAAACAAAAAAUACACACGUUGGCGGCUUAUUGCGGCGAAAAAAUCCGAAACCGUAUACGCUGCAGGUACCGAACACAUACGCGGAGUGAAAAAAAAAAAAAACCGAUUUCGCGGCGUUCGAAUAUUUAUUUCGUUUUACGUUUUUAUUGUAACACGUGACGUCGCGUCGUACAUUAUUUUUAAUUGAAACGACACGCAUUUUUGCCGCGUCCAACCCUCCCCCCCCCGCGUCCCCCUCAAUACACGGGGUAUCGUUUCCUUUUCGAAACGGUGACCGGGUAACCGCCCACGCCCGUGACCGCGGUAACCGUGCCGGAGGAACGGCUCCUCGGAUAUAAUAUUAUUCCGCGUAUAGGUAUCCGCCGGAUACUAUUGUAAGACCGGCGCGGCGCGAACCGUUUGUCGGAGCGCUUUGACGUUUCAAAAGAUAUUAUACAUAGGGGCGUAGGGUAUAAAACGUGUUUAAUGAACCGGCGCACGUUUCCCGACAAAAAACACACACACAAAGGGACAUCGCACAAUAAUAUAAUGGGCAGUUUUGGCCGAUUUCCAAAUUGUCCUGCCACCGCCGCCGCCGCCGUAUGGGACACACGUUUCGAAAGACACGAAACCGGAUCGCCGUAGUCGCGUAUAGUUAAAACGAUAUACUUGGGAGGUCCGGUCCCGCGAGACUGUAAUACCGCUCGCCGACGAGGGACGGUCGACGAGGGCCGGGCGGAGGGUGUGCGCGACGUCUCGGGGGCGCAGCGUUUGCCGUGAACCGAAUUAACGUGCACGUUAUUGUUGUGUACAGAUCGAAACGGAAAACGGAUGUCCGCCGCGUUCAUAGGCGGAACUAGUAGGGAGGGGGGGGGGAGCGGUUUAACCAUAGAUAAUAAAGUUAUGGUAUCCGUACCGUAUCAGUGUUGAAAGAGCCACGGAUACCGGCUCCAUGGUGCGAGGCGUUUCAUCUGUACGUAUAGUGAUGAAUCGCCUCAAUUCACCUCCCCUCCGGCAAUAUCGCCUCGCUUACAAUUGUUGCAGGAGUGGCCUAUCCAUUUCUUUAUUAUCUAUGGGUGAACACCCUCGCAAUAUUAUCCCAAUGGCCUUUGAUUCGUCCGUGAAAAGGCGCCAUCAGACACGGCCUCGAUGAUCACGGGGCGGUUGAUGAGACGCGGUCGUUGUCGGUGACGCCGUCGUGCGCGAAUUAAAGGACACCAGGAACGUGUGCACUCGGUAUUUAAUCAGCAACGAUUUGAUUUGUGUCGGCUUGUCCGAGUUUCGCGCGUUUGUGAUACACCUACCUAAUAGUUUUGUUUCGGUUUUUGUCGGAAAACGUUCUCCGGGACAGAUACGAGAUAGCCGCGGGAAGGUGGGCGAGAUACGGUGACCAGAUGCGGUUGUCGGGAGAGACGUUAUGCGGAGAUGGAGACGGAGUAGAAAAACGGUUACCGUCUCGGCCGCUCGCGUGGGAUAAAGGCGCAGGGGGAGAAACAAGUAGAAUCGUGUCCCGAACAACAAAAACUAUACGGCAAACGAGAACGAGCGGGGCGAUCAGGUGUACGCGCCGCACACGCACUUCCGGCACAAAAGGGAACAAAACCGACGCGGACGAUAACCUUGUCUACGGACUGAUAACGAACGGCGUGAAGAGUUUGCCGGAGACUUCACCGCCCCGCGGCGGCCGGUCUCGAGCGUUUCGCGGAAGUUAUCUCCCCGUUGCGCUGUAAUAGCGCCGUGUGUACUUCCGGCCUUAGACCCUAUGCGUAUCGAAAUCCGCGCUAAAACCACAACAACACGCGCCUGUGGCAAUAGGUAGGUAAACCUAUUAUACCACUCAAUAGUCCCUCACGUACCUUUUCGAUUUGUCUACGUGCGACCUGUGCAUCUUGAAACGUGGUCCUCACGUACAAGUCCAGUGCAACGUGGUCGACCAUAUCUCCACUGCAUCACUUUUAAUCGAAUGUAUCCUCAUUAGGAAAUAAUACGAAAAACGUCAUAGGAAAAACGGUUUCGCGGGGUACAUCACUAUAAUGUGUUAUGGCUGUUUUCAGACGGUUUUGCGGCCGGCGAACGAUAAAUGCGUGAUAAUACUGUGCACGAUAAUAUUGUAGUGUCCACCCCGACACGCAACGGUGUUCAUAUUCCGCCGGUUUCGCACGAUACUAUCGACGGCGCGGGUACGGGUAGAGUCGUGUAAAAUAAUAAUAAAUAAAAAACGGUCAAAACUACGCGUCUGACUGAACUCGAAUUUAGAAAAAAAAAAAAAACAACGGUCGUCACAGCGAGCGAACGCGACACUACGACGACGGGCCGAUAUUAACCGGACGACGGUCCGACGUAUUUCGGAUGAAUCGUCAGUGAAAUUUUCGCCGUCGGAGUAUUGAUAAAAUAAUGGGUACAACGCGGAACGACGAUCGUAAACAAAAUAACAGCGUUCGCAACAACACGCGCGUUCGUUCGGACGGGCGGACGCACAUACACUCACCAGUUCACCGCACGGUGCGCACGUACGCACGCACAAACACACACACACACACACACACACACACACACACCCGCGCGCGCGCACACAGAAACGAGUAAACGACGACGACGACGAUGGCAGCGCGACGGUCGUAGGCGCGCGGAAUGCGAGUCGCGUUCGGCACGGCAGCGGCGGCGGUACGGGACGAGAGUACGAGACCGGUGAAGAAGGAACGCCGUUUCCCGCAUGCCCGUAGACUGGCGGCGGCGGCGGUGUGCGCGCGCGCGUUCAACAGGCUAUCACGGUGGUCCGCCCGGCAGAUGGCCGAAUUUCUCCCACCCGGUGCGUACGCCCGACGACUACGACGACGACGAUAUAACCGUGCGUGCGUGCUGCGCUCUCUUUCUCUCUCGCUUGCGCUCACGGCCCGGUUUUCCGCAGCUGCCGGCCGGACGGCGCGGCGUCUCGCUCGCUCGUUCCGUCGACGGCCGUCAUGUUCCCGUGUCGCGUACUCUCGCUCGCUCCCGGCAACCGUUUUCUGCGGCGGCCGAGGCCGGCGAUCGCGCCGUACGCACAGCGAGCGGACGACAUGACCGCGCGCGCGCACAAUAACAAUAAUACUAUAGCACGAUACGGCGAUACUUACGAUGAUAACGAUAUUGUACACGGACCGGCGCGGCGCGCGCCCUUGUUUUCCCACUAUAGGCCACCGCCUCCGCCGACCGCCGUGCGCCGUCGCCGCGGCGCGUUCGCGUUUCCGCGAAAACACGACUUCCGUGCGCGCGCCCGAAACCGCGCGACAAACGCACCGGGGGGGAAACGGAAACCCCCCCCCCGCGACCGCCCGCCCCGGCGCGCGCGUACAAUUAUUAUUAUUAUUCCGUGUGACUGGGCCGAAAAUACGAUGGAAUGGCGUCAUUAUUGUCGCCGUAUCGUUAUCGCGUGCGGUUCUGCCGUAGACAAUAACGGACGCUGAUGGGCCAUUCGUCACAAUCGGCGUUCCUAACGAGAAGAAUAUCCCAACGUCUCGUUUUUUUUUUUUAAACGUUAUAAACAACGUGAAUAAUAAUGUUACGGGCGUAAUUAUUUAGACAGAAAAAAAAAAACGUUUAAUAGUGUUAUAGACAGAGGUGUCAAUUGAAACCUCGAUAAUUGCCUUUCGCCGAGCUUUCCCUCCGGGCGCGCGGCCUCAAAUACAUUAAACAUGGGCGCGGCCUGUCCGUCAUGUCUUUUAUUAUUGUCAAUGAUGGGUUCUGGCCGGCAUAUCGACGUAGUACUAAAAACUCAAUUUGAUAUCGGUAAAAAUAACAGUAGAGUCCCAACGAAAGCAAACGGCUGCGGUAUGCCGACGAUCCAGUGGCGUGUUUAAGGGAUGGGGCGAUGGGUGGAUCGCCUCUCCCCCCCCCCUUUGGAAUAUUUUGACUGCGAUUUUUCAAUUACGGCUGUAGGCCGCAGGCGAUAAAAUAAUAUAGUAUUUAUAACCGUGUUAUUUGGGUAUUUUUAUCAGCGUUACCAAAAAGUAAUGAUAACGGUAUAACUGGCGGAAUGUUUUGUUUACAAUACGUAUAGGGAUAUCGAUGUGGAUGUCCGAACGGUAGUCGUCAGAGAUUGUGGUUUGUGGGAGAAAAAAAUAUUAAUAUUGCUUUAAAAUUUUUGUAAAUAUUUUCGUGUAUAUAUGUUCGAUGUGAAUGUAAUAUAAUGUACAGAUAUGAAUUAUUAUGUUACGGCCGUUACGGUUAAACGCCGAAAUCGUGCAAAUCUCUGAAAUGCCCGGGCAAUACGCGAAAUGUCCACGAUACUUGGGCAAAACGUCACAUUUCGGUUUUUUCCCCGGACAAAUCUAUACGGUAGUGACCAACAUCAUUAGGGCAAAACUGUUUCGUUUAUAACAAACGAAAUUAAAAUAUGUAAAAAUCGUUUUCGUUACCGCUAAUAUUUUUGUUAUUAUUUUUUUUUUUUUCAAAAGUUCGAUAAUUUCGUUUUCCGUCGAAAAUUAAUAUUUUCCCCGUGUUUUAAAAUGAUUUUAUCCGCAUAGAUUUGAAAUUCACAUAGAUAUCUAUAAUGAUUAUCCUUUACGUUUGUAAAAGUUUAAACAUAUCCGGGCGAUGGAUUCGUGAAUGGCGGCGUGUUAAUUUUCAUGCACCGUAUAUAGUAUACGACCGUGACCUAUUUAUCUAUUGGUUAAAUACGUUAUAGGUCGGACAAUUUUUCGAACAGCCGUGAUGUCGACUAUGCGGGAUAUUAAAUUUAAAAAUUACGUAUUUUUUAACCGACCGCCACUUUGAAAAAGAAAGAGAUUAUGACGCAUUCUGCAACGCGUAUGGUUUUCUUCAUUAUUUAUGUGUUCAAAUAAUUCCGGCAAGUCAAUUCGGUCGAUUUUUUUUGCCAUUUAAAGAUAUCCGGAUCCCGAUAUACAUUUGCCCUGUCCAACAAUAUACAAUACAAUAAUUCGUAAGGUAUAUGCCACACAUAGAGAUAUAGUAUUAUCUAUUGAUUAGGAAUAAUUUUUUUUUUUAAUGUUCCUAUAUAUUCGUUCGGAUGUUGGAAAUCAUAUUAAAUAUAUAUUAUAAUUUUUUUUCGAGGAUAUACAAAAUAAUUCACUUGAUAUUGCGUGAAACCAAUCGUGGAGGACUUUCAACCACGGUUUUCUUCUUUUCCAUUGAACUAUAAGUUGUAGCAAUCCAUAUAUAUUAUGGUUAGUAAUGUAACCAAAAUUUCUAAAGUCUGUGGCAAAAUAACCAAAUGAGGGGACCAAUUGUAUAGCAGAUUGGAGCAAAAAAAAAAAAAGUUCAUCGCCUGUCCAUCCACUUAAAAUAAUGCAUUAGGCCUUGACUGGGGGUCCUAAUGUCAUUGGCCUGUAGCUCAUUUUCCGUCAUGCCACCCUACCGGUAUUCCACUGCUUUUGGUUAUUUCCUAUUAUGCGAUACGUAUAUUCUAGUUUCCGAGAGUUUAUAUUUAUCAGUAAUUCUUUUUUUUUUCUUUCACGCUUGUUGAAAUACCCUCAAGUUGGAUACACGAUCUGUCCAUGGGGAAUUUGAAAUUCAUCGAUACAGUCAUAUUUAUAGAGCCUCGAUUUUCCCGCUUGAUGUUUAAAUUAACAUCCAGGUUUCAGUUCCAUACAAUAAGACAGCAACGAUGUUACCUCUUAGGUCCAUAGCAAUCUCAUUACCAAAUGACAAACCGUGACAUUCAAAUACGUUUGACAUUUUUAAUAUCUUGCAUUUAGUUUCUAUUGAGUGCCCCCAGUCGAGUAACUAGUCUAAUAACUAUUAUAACUACCGUUGCGCAAAAUUAACCACACGUAUUAAUUCAAGUAAUUAAUUUAUAACUCGACUUAGUCAACAAAUUAACCGUACUCCUGUAUUUACCUUUGAGAUAUAUACUAACCUGAAUAAUCAGACUUUAAAAAUGCACGUAAUACUGUAACACCGACCAUUACUACAGUUAUAUACACCACUAUGUUAUAGAUGAUUCAAUUAUUGUUAAUUUGCCGCCGAAUUCAAUGAAUUUUAAAGAAAAAAAUUAUCGUAAAAUUAUUUUAUUUUUGACUUUCUGUGGUUAUUUUUAAAAAAAUGUUUAGUCUAUUAUUUUAAUACAUUAAUAUGCACGUAAUAUAGUCGUAUACAUAAUGAGAACAACAAUAAUAUUUGGACAGUUCAAACGCAAAUUUACGAAAUUUCUAGAUAGGGAGUAUGCUCACAAUAAUUAUUAAUAACACGAUAGUAUACAAUUUAAUAGUUUAAACGGUAAAGGUUUCUUUAUAGUGCGGGUAGUGCAGUGAACGUAAUCUCGAAAACAUAUUAUACAAUGUCAAUUAAAAAUGUUUUUGGGUAUACGAAGCCGGAGGGUAUUAUAAUAAUAUUAUUAUUAUACGCUACACACUGCACGAUACGCACCGGCGAAAUGGCGCCUAUAUUAUAAUAUUAUUAAUGCGGCUUAAUGGAAAGAGAGAAAAAAAAAAUCAACUGAUGAAUCAAAACGAAACAAAACGCGAACAGCCAAGGGUACGGCAUGUCGUUAUUUUAAGUUGUCUGCGAGACACCCAAACUAGGUGUGUCUAUAUUAUAUACGUAUACCGUGUAUAUGACAGUAUAAUAAUAUAUUGUACGUAAACAUUCUCGAAACGAGUUUUUUUUUUUUUUUUGUCUAUAUUCUAUAUAAUUUUUUAAUAAUAUAAUCCAUAUAUUAUUAUGUAUUAGCGGCACAAACGGAUUGUAUACCUAUAGUAUAAUUAUAAUAUACUGCUGCACAGAAAACAGUUCCAUAAAACACUACACCGUGAUGUCAAUAUAUUAAACACACUGCAGCGUUUCAUUCGAUCGGUAACAAAUGGUCAGGAUCGGAUUAAGAGUUUAUCAAAAGGGCCCUUUCGCAAUUUAUCACCAAUAAUUCAAUUUUCCCUUAUAAAAAAAAAUAACGAAAUGAUUGUAUACAGAAUACUAAAAAUGUUUAAUAUGUUAGGUGGCGUGGUGUUAAUAACAGUCAAUUUUCAUUACACACAAUUAUUUAAAUAUAAAAUAAAAAUACAAUAUUUUUUAACUCAUUAUACAUUGCUUUUCUGUUUUUUCCACGUGUACACGAUAUAUAAUGCAGUUCAUAUUACAAUAACAGCGUUUGGAAAAUACUAUAUUUACGUAAUACUUUCAAGAACAUUUUGCAUAAGUUAUAUUUUUUGUAUACUAUCCGCCCGUAUACAAAUACAUAAAAUCGUAAGUAGGUACUUAAAACAAUGUUAUAAAAAGUCUAUUAUAAUGUUUAUGGGCUAAUAAUUCUUAUUGGCAAUAAAAAUAUAAAAAAAAAAACCGCUAUUACGAAACUGUAGGAUAAUAUUACACCGGCGUAUGUAUAUACAAAUUAAGUAAUUAUUAUCCGGUACUUAAUACACCUAUAAUACAUAUAUGUAUUACUUGAAUAUUAAGAAAAUUCGAUUUUAAUUACGCGCUAUUAUAAUUUAUUCAAUCCGAAACACGUAUAUAGAAAUAACUUAUAAUGUAAUACAGAUAAAAAGCCAUAAAGGUCAACAUUAUUUAUCCGAUACGAUAAAUAAAGAGGCGGGAAGGAUAAUAUAAUAUAGUGAUGUAUAGAGCCGGUAUUCUUAAUAUUCGUAAUAUAAUAAUUACAAGUUAAAAUCCGCGCGCGCAUACACAUACACACAUAUAUGUAUAAUUAAUUGAAAUAUUAUUUAUUUGUUUUUCUUAUUUAUACAUAUUUAAGUAUAUAGGUAAUGUUCGUGAAAAAAAAAAAAAAAUUAGUAGUCUUGUAUUAAUUAUGCGUUUACCCGCGGGUCUGCUGCAACGGUGCACGAUCGCGACCACUGCAGUGCAUGGUACUAUAAUACGUGUUGUAAUAAAAUAACAUUGUGGGUGGAAAAUAUUUAUCGCAUUCGGAAAACAAUAAUCGAACCCCAAGGGAACCGAUAAUAAUGUGUUUAUAGUGAUUUUUUUUUUUUUUUUGGUACACCCUACUCGAACCUGCAGGUUUUUUCGUUUUUCGAAAUCGUUUUUGAACUGACCCGGUGAAAUGAUAUACGAGUACACGUUUUUUUAUCGCGGGCGCAUCCGUGUUAGACUCUGUUGUAAACAUUCCUAAAUGAACAGUUUAAUGCGUAAAAUCGCUGCCGCCACUCGCGGAUAUAAUAGGGCAACUAAAAUAAUAAUAAUAAUAAAAAUACUCAUUAUUGGGAAACUAUACUAUAUACGUAUUAAACUUGCGCUCCGAAUCUAACAUUGGUUACGCUGCUUCAGCGUGUCGUCAGGAUUUAACCUCUCUCAGCUGUCCGGGUUCUUUCAUCUAAGUCUAAGUCUUACGUCCCAAAUAGCGCAAAUCCAUAUAUUUUUUUUUCUUUUAAUCAUAUGAUAAUCAUUAAAAUACGAAUAAACAACUAUAGACUCACGAUAGAAAUUGUAAUUAAUACAAAUAACUGUUAUUUCUAUCAUGUAUAUAAAUUACCAACAACGAUAACAUUCGGUAAGACCGAAAGGCCAUAUAAAAAGUUCGAUACAGUAUCGGAUAGUAUUUCGACAUUCAACGAUGAUAUUUGUAAAUCUCGAACAAUUAUUUUGUGAUUCUCUAUUCGUCAAGUUGAACAUUUCUUAACAAUUUACCGAAUCCUUGAAACAUGCUCUAAAAACGCACAAAAUCAUAAAAUUGCUUUGAAAAUUUUAAAACGCCAAAUAUGCAAAAUAAAAUUUUGUAUAGAUAUAUAGACUAGAUAGUCUAUGAAAUACAUUUUCGUAUUAAAUGCUUAGCUAUUUUUUUAACGAACCAAUAAAAAUAUGCAAGUGCAUAAAAAUGUUGACCCUAGUGAUCAAUUAUUUACAGAAAAGCUCGUUUCUAUUUGUGUCGAUGAUGCUCGUCAAUAUCGAUAGGUACGUAUAGUUUAACGAAUCAAAAACGUUCGAUAAGGCCACAGAAUUACAGAAUAGAGCUACUGUGGAUAUCAGAUAUAUGUACGUGUGUAUUGUAGGCAAUCGCAUUUCAAUAAUAACUGCGAAUAAUCUCUAUAAAGUUUUUUCUCGGUGUAAUUUGUUGUUAACUACUGCGGACAUAAUAUACAGAACGCGACAAAUUAUUAUAAAAUGCAUUACUUAUAAGUAUUGAAAACAACUUAUUGUACCUACCAAUAUAUUAUAGCGGAAAAUAAUAUAUUGUAAUAAUAUGCUAAUCGAUUAAAAGGGAAAGGAGCGUGUGUGGUCUUGUACAUAAUUAUUUAUUACUAUACACGAAUACCUAUUAUAAUAGCGUAGAACGACUAAAUUCCAAUAAUGUCUCCGAAAUAUUCAUAGCUAUAGAGUAACAACACGAAAAUAACAAGUGAAAACAACGCGUCACACAGCAACAGGUCACCUAUACUGUAUUAUAAUGUUUCCCCUUGUUCUUUUUUGUAUACAAUACAGUUUAUUUUUUUCCCGAGGUACUCGGUUAGACGUGUAUAAUAAUAAACAUGUUAUAUUAUAGUAAAGUCAAGACGGUUUUGAAUUAGUACAUAAACAAGAAACGUUUAGUAUAUCUUUGGUCCACGGAGGGUAAAUUUUGGCAUUUAUAAUAGUUUUUUUUGUGUAAUUUUAUCUUAUAUAUUUUUUGCCCCUUUAAUGUUCGGUUUAAAUUGAAUAAAUGUAUAUAUUUUCAAAGUUUUAAUUUGCAUUUAAAACUAUACAAAAUAGACUUAAGUACUUCUUUCCUCGGACCAAAGAUAAUAUAUGACUUAAAAUCCAUAAGCUGAUUUAUAUUUAGAUUAUAUAUAUUCUUUGUUGAUUGACGAUGCGAUUGCGCGAGUAUUUUAAUGUUAUUCGAUUAAGUUAAUGAAAAAAAGAUAACAUUCACUGUUCAUUUGUGUAAAUCGACACGUUCAUUCCUCCUAAAAAUUAAAACAGUAGGGUAGGCGAGCUUUCUUAAUUUAAAAAUUAAUUUUGUAAAUGUUUUUGUAUUUACUUUAAGAUCACACGGGUUUGUUAAUUUUAAGGAGAGUUCGGUUUGGUCUUAAAAAUCAGAGUCCGUAACACCUCUAAUAUUUUCCUGUUAUAUUUAAGAUUCCGAGUGGAUCAAGCUUUACAAUGAUUCUUAUUUUUUAAAUUAACGAAAUGUAUUCUUUUCAAGUCGUAAAUAUUACGGUCUUUCAAAACACGUAAAACCGAAAUCCACUCAGAGUCGUUGUUCGUUAGCAAUGAUUAAUCGAUAAUUUCCUUUUUACCUUUCCAACGUUUCACCUACAACAGUGGCCCACCCAUCGUGCGAAAUAUGUCCGUUUGUUUUUAUUUAAAUUUUAAAUUCAUUCCAUGAUGCAAAUCAUAGAGAUUAAAGUGGCCAUCAACCUCGUCAUGCUUUGAAUUAAAAAUAAGUAUACAUUACAGUGAUUCAUUACAGGGUAACCUAACCUUUCAAAUUCUUCUUUUUUGGAAUUUUUUAGUAUAGUUAAAGCUGAUAUUUUCGAAUAUUUAGUCUUUUCACAAUAUUUAGGAGUAUCCUAUGACAAUACUAACUUUAGUUUUUCAAAUGAAAACUUAUAUUAAAAUUUCCAUAAAUAGAUGGACUAUUUGUCAAAAUGUUUUAUUUUUGAUCUCGUUAACGAAUUCCACUUUAAAGUUUAGGUAGGAGGGGAGUAGUGGAGCACUAUUAAAACGCCAUGCGCCGUGUUGUCACACAAGUGAUAUUGUCAAAAAUGUUAACAUCAACAUUUAUUUAAACUAAUACUCCAUCAAUUUGUUUUUUUUUUUUUUAACAUAGGUUUUUAUUUGAAAACCAAAAUUGGUAUUGCCACGGGAUACUCCUGGAAUGUUGUGAAAAAUCUAAGUAUUCGAAAAUAUCGGCUUUAACUAUACACGUAAAAAUUGCAAAAUUUAAAACUUGAAUGUAUGCAAAAUUUAACCAUAAGAAUGGAGUAAGCAUGCUUAAUGGAUCACUCUGUAUAUAUUGUAAUAUACUUUCCCUUAAAAUAUAAAACCACUUUUUUAAAUGACACAAAUAAUGAUUUUGGCAAUCGCCUCCCGUCCCCCAUCUUGUAUUCGUUAUAUCUGCGCCUCUGGUAUGUAAACCUUUACGAUCGACACGGAUUCCUUGAAAAUCUCGCGACACUAUACGUUUUUCGGGAACCGAUUCCAACGGUCGACGGGGUAACGCGUCCCCGUAUCGUGGGAUCCUGGGAUUCAACGGCGUCGCAGAUCCACGGGAGAGAUAAUAGCUUUGUUUAUUUUAAAAACACAGUGUAUACAGUGUACACUAGAGUGUCAUAAUCGCGUUCAGGUGUUAAACAGUCGUGUGCCGUUUUAAGACAAACGUUUUCGGUGUGUUAUUAACCACACCUUCGGAAGGGGUAGUAAAUAAAAGAUAACUCAACUCGUGUGCGUGCGUACUUUGCAUAUAACCGGGAUCUGAUAAGUACACCGAAAAUCCGACCACACACACACACACACACACAUUUGCUGAUGUGAAUUUUCUUAAAUAAAACGUGUUACUCGGCAAUUUUUCUAAACGAACGUUUUAGCGUACACGUGUAUGCUUAAAACGAACGGCGCGGGGCCGUUGGAAGGGAGCGCGUCUAUGUCCAGAGCGCGAAAACACCGUAAUAAACAUCGCGUUAAAAAGAAAUGUUAAUAAACGACGAAUUCGAAAUCCAGGAUAUUACCCAGUAGCGGGGGACACGAGCCAUGUAUUAUUAUGUUCGCUCGUUAUAUCGCUCGCGGAUAAUUCGCUCGUUUGAUAGUCUGUAAAACAAUAUGUUAUUUCGGCUAUGAUUUUAGAUUCCGAGCGGAGCGAGAAAUGUAUUGGUUUUGCAAUGACGCCUAUUUUAUUUUAUUUUUUUUUUUUCUGUGGUCAACUUUUCAACCGACAAUUUUGCUCCGAUUUACAACGACAGGGAAGUAAUUUUCUCAGGAGUUUUCCCAAUAAAUGGGAAAAAACGGGAAAACAGGUACAAAUAUUAAACGAAUAUUAUUAAAGAAAUUAUAGUGUAACGCACGGGCGUGUGUGAUUAUUUUACCGUAAUAUUACGACACGGGUACGCGGAUGACAAAGCAACACUAUCAACCGAACCCCCCCCCCCCCCNCCCCCCCCCGUUAAGAAUCGUUUCUGUUUCGUCCGUCAGCGACGGUCAACCGUUACGGCGGGUGCGUUUAACUACCCAACACGAACAGUGGCCCGCGCCCGUCCCCGUUAUACAUCGGCCGCAUCGCGGUAGCUCGCGCGUUUGGGUCGCCGGCACGUCGGCGCGCGCGUCCGUCGGCCGUCGCCCGGCCCGGCACGGCCCGGCCCGGCCCCGGCGUAACGACAAUAUUGACGUUAUUGUGUUGUUGCACUAGUGUACGGUAAUCGUAUUUCCGCGAUUAUCGGCGGGCCCGGAACCGCGCGUUUCUCGUCUCUCGCGUCACAAUCGGAAUGGAGUGAGAGAGAGAGAGAGAGAGAGAGCGAGAGAGAGAUUGAGUGAGAAGGUAAACAAAAAAUUCGUAAUAACGCAUAGGCCCGCGUCUCCGCCGUCGUCGGCGUCGCGGGUGCGCGUGCGUGCGCCGGAGCGGCGGCGGCGGCGGCGGCGGCGGUCGUGUUAUUAUUAUUAUUAUUAUUAUUAUAUACGCGCGCGAGGCCAACGGACCGUGUCAAAUGUACCGCUUUUGACGUCGGACGCCGCCGCCGAUAUAAAUUCUUGAAUUUUUCUUAUACCGCGCGCGCACACGCACACACGCACACACGCACACACACACACACACAUAUAAUAUAUAUAUAUGCGUAUAUAUAUAUACGCGUGUAUUAAUUUUAUAUAUUAUACGUGUACAGGUAUAAUACGCGCACAACACCGUCCGUUUAUUCGUCGUCGCCGCCGCCGCCGCCGCCGUCCGACCGUCAUUCAUUGUCCGCGGAUAAAAUAUACGGCGGCGUGUACCGUAUACACGUAUAAUAAUGAUAAUAAUAAUAAUAAUAAUAAUAAUAAUACUAAAUAUAUAUAUGUAUAUACACGAGAUAUACACGGUAAUUUGUGAUUGUCCGUUUUCAGUCAUUAGGACCGCGCGUGUACGCAGGACCGGGGCCGUACGGAUGCUGCCGCGCGUACGGUGCGCGGAGUCGCCGCCGCCGCCGCGGUCUCCGCCAAGAACUGUAGUAAUAAUAAUACUGAUCAUUACAAUAUACAAGGCGAUUCUUUUUUUUCAUUUUUUUUUUUUUUUUUUUUUUUUUUUUUUUAUAUUUUCCGUAUCGCUAUAACACGGUCAUCGGGAUCCGAAUAGUAAUACAUUAACGAAAUGUCGCGUUAGACCCCCCCCCCCAAAAAAAAAAAAAACUUAUAUUACGAAAUACGCCGAUACGCCGUUUAAAUCCACGCGAGGUGCAGGAUGAUAUUUGAAAUAUUUUCAUAUUUUAUUAUAUUUCAUGCGAUUCGUAUUUUGUUUUGAGCACGAGGCCAUGAAAUAUAAUAAUAAAUAUAAUAGCUCGAACCUUAUUCGAUCCCACUCUCCCUUUAGGACGGACUCCGGGGUUCAAAAUAUUCUUCAGUUUUAUACAAUUUGAAAAUUACGUUUAACAUUUCAAUUAUCACUUUGUAGAUAACACUUUUCUACGAAUCUACUCCGCGAUACUCUCAUUAAGGGGGAGGUAGUACGGCCGUUUUACCGGUGACGAAAAUAACUUCGUGGGUGUAGGGAUGAUUUUCAAUAUAAUAUUUUUGUAUCGUUUUAGAUUUUGAACAGAGCAUGUUGUAGAGUUAUUAAUCUAAAGUACGGAGAAAAAAACAAUUUUAAAAUCAGGUGAAUUUUUAAUGAAUGAAAGAAACUUUUAUUUCUAAAAAUACAGCAUAAUAUUGUAAAAUUGUGUAACGCUAGUCCAAAAGUAAUAAAAAGCAUAGGUGCACGGCUGUUCAUGCUGUAUUUUUGGAAAUAGAAGUGUCUUUAAUCGAAAUUCACCUGGUUUCAAGAUUGUUUUUUUCUUCAUACUUUAAAUCAAUAACUCUGCAAAAUGGCCAUUUCUGAAUUAUUAAGUUUUUUCAAAUUGUUUCCACGUCUGCUCAUAAUUUCGAACUUAGUAAUGUAUCCAUUGCUUUAAAGUUGAAUACGAAUAUUGAACAGGAGAUUACAAUUAUGUCUUAUAUAUUAUUAUAAUACGAUUAUAAAUAUAUCUUGACGGACACCUUGUAAUCUAUAUCUGCACCGGCAGCGUUCUAAAACAAUUUUCAUUCCGUCUAUAAAUUAUAACUAAUUAAAUAAUUAAACGAGAAUGUCCAUUAAUGUUUAAUUAUAAUUAUAUGAUACAGUUUUAGAAAAAAAAAAUGAAGAAUUAAAACGUUUACGAGUUGAUAGUUAUUAAUGUAAAGAUUGCACUGCAGUGACGGCCAUAGGCGGCGAACCAUCAAUGUCGGUAUGCUUAAAUGACGGGAAUCUUUGUGUAAAAUUGUUCACACUGCUAAAAAAUGUACAUUUACCGCCUUGAGUUGCGGUCGUAGGCCAGAAAGCUUGUGACAUUCUUGUUCAAUCGCCCACGCUAACGCUCGAAUCCGGUUGUUGUACAUUCCUUCUACGUACAAUAUAAUUAAAACUCACUUACUUAAGUCUUCGACAAUUCGCAUAAUGAUAUUAAAUCGCGGAUAACAGAUACUUUAAAUGAUAAAAUCGAUUCGAUUUAAGUAUAGGCAGGUUUUAAAAACAGGGACGGUUAGUUAACGGAUUCACAAUUAGGUUAUUUACUUUACGGUUCUGUAUAGUCGUUCAUAUGACAUCAACAAUUCGUUUUUGUUCAAUGCCGGUGUAACAUCAACAACAAAUUUACAAACGGGUAUUUUCAACACAUUGCAACAAGAAUACAUUGAGUGUAUGUACACUCCAGAGUUGUUAAAUUCGUAUUGUAAAUUCCUUAAUGACGGUCAAAGUUUUGAAGUUAUGUAUGGAUAGAUAUAAUGAAAGAACUGAAUAAUUGUUUUAUGUUAUUAUUAUUAGUUUAAUUUGUUUUAAUAAUUGAAGGUUUAGCCAUAGAAUCAAUACAUAUUUCAUGUUAAAACAAGUGUCUUUUGUGACAAGAUGUGUGUAUUUUUAACUUGUAAAGAGUGAAAAAACGCUGACACACGUUUACAAAUCGAUUUCAAUCGUCUAGUCGUAAUUAAUUGUCGUUAAUAAUUAAUGAAAAACAAUUGUGCAUGAAUACUUUUAAUAAAUUAAUUUAUAAAUGUUAAUUUUAUGUUUGGUCUUUGUACCUUAGAUACCCAAUACUUUGUAUACUAAUCAAAACAGAGUAAUGGCGAAAUUGGUUACGGUGUUUAAUAUACUGCAGUAAAGACGUUUGCAUACAAUUAAUUUAUGAACUUAUUAGCAGUUGCUUUGAACUAUUCACGACUCGAAACUAAGAGCAACGAUAAAACAUUGAUAACGAAAAACGAUUCUGAGCGGAGUUCGGUUGAUGGUGUUGCUUUGUCAACAAUUUAUAUGUCAUAUUAUGGUAAAAUGCAUUAAAUAUUUUCUUUAAUAAUAUUUGUUUAAUAUUGUACCUAUUUUCACUUUUUUCCCAUUUAUUGGGAAAACUCCUAGGAAAAUCAAAAAAUUACCUCUCUAAAGUACUUCCCCAGUCAGAUUUACUUUUAGAAAAAGUACUAUCAUUGUAAAUCGGAGUAAAAUUGUUGGUAGAAAAGUUGCCACAGAAAAAAACAAAAAUAAUCAUUGUAAAACAAUAAGUUUCUUUGCUCCAUUUAGGAUCUAAAAUAAAGUUUCGUUGAAAAUGUUUGAAUAUUGCGUACUUUUUUAGAUGGUACUUCGUGUUAAAGCCCCAUUAGGCAUUACAUUUUUAGUUUGGUCUAACACAUUUAUUGUUAAAAUCAGUUAUUAUGUAAUUGUAAAUUUCGCAUUAUGUACAUUUUUCACUUAAAUUACGCUUUUAUUCGUCGUUUCAGGUUCGAGCGUGACGUUGUUGCAGUCGCAGUAUUUCAUUUCUUCAAUUCGCUAUUCUUCAAAGUGUACACCAACGUCAGUUCCGAUCAUCAACUUCUCGUUUUCAUAUUCUAUCCAUUCUUCUCCGAGAAACUUAACCGGCUCAAUGUACACGAAUAUUUAUUUUAAAAAUUCAAAAUUCAUUGUAAUAAACCGCUUUCGCGUUCCGGAGCCAUUGUAACGGCGGAACUUUUAUUGUACGCGAUCGUUGAAUGAUUGGUUCGGCGGAGGUUGCGGGUAUCGCACGUGGUCAACUGAAUAUGUCUGGAGUCGACUUCAAACUCUGUACCCGGAUCGCCGUACGGCAAAAUGUAUUCACCUCUCAGCCAGUGGCGUGAAUAUGAAAAAAUCGGCCUCGACGCGGAAAACCAAAAAUGCUUAUACAAUACGGUUUGAGUCUUCGGGCUUUUAACCUACCAAAGUUCACUCGACUUGCUCGAGGUACGUUCGUCCAAUUUGCCCGCGUGUCUAUUAACAAAUUCGACAACGCGGUGUCUGUCAGUUGUACUCUUGUCGCGCUGAAUUCCUCGAAUGAUCGUUUAUACGCAUCGUACACAGCAUUCAGGAAAGUACUUAAUUUCUCGCCGUAUAACAUUUUAAACCGGCGGAAAAGCCGUCCCGCCGGAGACGUCGGGAACAACUCGGUGCGUUGCCUGCAGUGUCCCAGUGUGUAGGGUUUCCGUUUCUUUGGUGUUUUACCAGAAACGAAAACCAAAAACCACAAUAAUUAGGCACCUACGUUGCAUUCGCUCCGCCGGUGAUGUUCACCACCACGUGCAUCGGCCGCAGUAGGUAUUAUACUAUUACCGACGUAUACAUAUAAAUGCACAUGUAUAAUAUCAUCGCAUGAAUACACGACGGUACUACCUAUACAUGUAAUGCGUACACAUUAUUAUUAUAAGAUAGGUACCGCGACCUGAAAGCGGACGCGUUAUUAUUAUUAUUAUUAUUUUUUUUUUAAUAAUAGAAAAUAAUACAGUACGUUAUUAAACGCGCGUAAUGCGACCGCGACUAUAUAAUUGAAAGCCAUCACACUGGUAGGUAGGUAUAGAGUAGUAUAUUAUAUUAUAGUUGUAUUAUAUGUAUAUCUCUAUGUUUUUUUUUUUUUUUUUUUUUAUUUAUAUAUACGACGCGGUACGAUAAAAAGUAAUAUCGUAUCCUACGUAUUAUGUGUGUGUACCUACAAAUUGCCGUAAGCACGGCAGCAAUCCGAAUAAAUUACCAUCACGUCGCCAGACCCCCUCUGCGAAGCGGCGGCGGCGGCGGCGGCGGCGGCCGAUGCAUCAUUUCUUUCGGUAAAAAAGGACCAGUUAUUUUACUGUUCUUUUUUUCCUCUUUAUAUUUUUAUUUAUUUAUUUGAUUUUUUUUUUUUUCAUAAUAUUAUUGCAAUAAUUGCAGUAUAAUAAUAAUGUAUUCGUGAAUUGAAUCCGCGACGUUUAACGCGCGUACAAUAUAAUAUUAUAAUUCACGUUUUAUUUUAUUUUAUUUAUUCCUUUUAAAAACGUUAAAACAAAUUAAACUCAUACGUGUGCAGUCAAUUAUUAUUAUAAUAUUCUAGUUUUGAGAUUCUAGAUGGCGUGAAGAAGCUAUAUACAAAUAUUACAUUAAUUUUAAUGAGACGUGUUUUUUUUUUCUCGGAAAACAUUUUUUCGGUUUAUGAAAUUGCUCGGAUUUUUUCACACGGUCCUUGUGGAAUUUUCGUCAUAUAGUACUUUAGUUAAACAAAUUUUGUAGACUCCCGACUGCUUUUCCAAAAAAUUAAAAAAAAUAUCUAUAAAAUGACGAUACAUUGCUUUUUUUUUUAUUGUAAUGAUUAUUGUAAUAAUUUUCCCAAAUUUUGUUUUUUAUUUGAGUCUUAAAUCACCUAUAAGUACCUAUAUUUGAUUGAAUUUUGCAGAGUAAUUCCAAUAAAAUUGAAAUAAAUGUAUAAUAUAUUUAAUACUAAGACCUAUUAUGUUACUUUAAAUGAAUUUACCUGUCUCAAUUUUUCAUAUUUCUAUACUCAAUACAGAGUAAUGAAUUUGUUUUUCAUCAUGAACCAGCAAUUAUUUCGGAUAUUUUAAAUUAAUUUGAUUUUGGUUUUUUUUUUAAUCAUUAUGGUAUCUAUUAAGCUUUAUUUUAAAACUGUUUUUAAUUUUUCAUAUACUUAAAAAUAACUCUAUAAUUUUGUUUUUAAAAUAGGGUCUUCUUUAUUUAAACAUCACGGUACACCGAUUUGAAUCUACUAGUAGUACAUUUUUUUCGAAAUUUUAAUAUGCAUAUUUAUUGUUUUUGAGUUAUAACCAACUUUUUAGACUAAUUACUUUUUUUUUUUUAUUUAUUUAAUUUGAAGGUUAUGAACUGUCUAAAGUUUAGACCAGAGGAGUAGGGAAGAAUAGUAAAUUGCAUAUCUAUUUUUAAAUGAUGUAUUGAUAACUCCUCUUUACUCCUCUGGUCUAAACGUUAAACGGUUAUAACUCAUAAACAAUAAAUCUGAUAUUAGCAUAUUAACAUCUCAGGAAAAAUAUUUUCUAUAUUCGAACCUGUGUUCAAAAAGGGCGGCUCCUGUAUUUGGAAAACAACUAUUUAAGGUAUAUGGAGUAGGAAUAAAAAUUAAAAAAUGGUUUUAAAAUAAACUUUAAGCGAUUCCACGAUGAUUAAACAAAAGAAAGAAAAAAAAAACAGAAAUAAAAUUUACUUAAAACCCUCAGAGAAAAUUGCUUGUUUAUGAUAAAAAAAAAUCAUCCAGUAUUAUAAUAAUAAUUAUUGAUUGUACAUUAUUUUAUACGCUCACGAGUAUAUAAAUAAUAUUAUAUUAUUUCUUCUUUUUUAUCGAAUAGAAUUAUGAUACCGAUGACAUGUUUAUUAUAACAUAAUAGUAUCUUCUACUGUGGCUGCAAAUAUAAUAAAUUAUUGAAAGUCGUGCAGUUGGCCAAAAGAUUAUUAUAAUAAAUAUAACGAGGGCAUUUAAUGUUAUAUAUUAUAUUAUUAUAAUAUAGGUACCUAAUGCUGUGUAAUGAACAUUUUAAUAUUUGAUAUUAUCCCCGCGGUGCUGCUUGAUAAUAUAUACUAAUUUCAAAAACGUCAAAGUAACAGAUUUUUAUGACCAUUUUAUUGAGACGAACAAUAAUUAUUAUGUUAUUCGUAGUAAAUAGAUAUCGAAGUUACACGCUCGAGUAUAUACAUUUUUAUCUUGUCGGUUAGAUUUUUGAUUUUAUUGUUGGUACAACUAGCUGUAUCACUCGCGGUUAUAAUAGGUCCGCGUAGACUUUUCAAGAUCGCAUUAAGACCUGGGCCGGAGUCCGAUAGUCCAGAAGGUCCCUUACAACAUUUAUUACCGAUAACUCGAUAUAAAUCUCUUGAAAAACGUUUAAUACGUUAAGAGUCAUUUUAUCAUAUUCAAUAUUAUUAUUUACAUGUCCAAAUAAAAAAUCCAGGACCUGAAGCUCGAGCGUCUAGGUUCCGCGCUUAAUCCGGCUAUAACUUUUAUAAUGCCUUCUCUACGGAGUAUAUAUGAAAGAAAACGUGUUUAACUUUGAAAGACUCUUUACUCGACGUAUUCAACAUUUUAACCACAUUUUAAUCCUUUAAAUGUUGAAUUUUGAAAUUAUUUUCUCAGUGGUCGUUUACUUUUUAUGAGGAACCUCUAUGCGAGAUGUUAAGUUUCUAGUUAGUCAGUCAGUCAGUUUUUUCUUUUAUAUGGGAAGUAUAAUAUUAUUUUUUUCAUAAACUGGGGACAGUAUAAUAUUAUCAUGAAAUUAUUUGAAAAACUAAAUUUCAAAAUUUGAAAAUCAAUAAAAGUAUGUAAAAUAAAAUUGAUAAAAAUUGGAUGUCGUGUACACUUUACGCUGAAUUCAAAUCAAUUUUUAAAAUUCUUAUCGUUUCACUAUAACACGUUUCACUGGUUGGAAAAAAAACGUUUUGUAAAUUAUUAUACUGCAGCGUAUGAAAUAAAAAAAGGUAAGAAAUCCCCUCAAGAUUAUGUUAAUUCGAACAACGAAAACAAACAAAAAAAAAAAAACCAAUAAAAUAAAUAUUAGAACAUCAUAAUCGUUACGAAAUAUAUUAUAAUGUGACGUGUUCAUAACCUUUAAAUUAAAUAAAAAAAAAAAAAUAAGUUAUUAGUCUAAAAAGUCGGUCGCCUGAAAAAUUAAAAAAAAAAAAAAAAAAUCGUGUUUAAAUCUUUUUUAAAACGUGAAAUCGAAUACGCGAGAAGAUUAGAGAUUAGGGUUAUGGGUUUUCUCAUAUUUCCCGGAUAGUUCUCACUCCUGAAAUAAUGGGGUGAUCGUAAUCAGAUAUAAGAUGUGUAUAGUUAAUUUCUCACGCACCUGAAUACGUACCAAUAUAUAUACUCACACGUGACUUGUUUAUCACUCGGUUAGUGUUACAUAAUAUAAUAUAUUCUAUACAAGUUUUGGAAAAAAAAAAAACUAACUUAAUUCUGAUCGCGUGAUAGCGAAACCUACAGCGAAGGAAAAUAAGAAUCGUACGGAUUUUGUAAAAUUCAUCUCGUCACCGGACGUCCUUCGCAUAUCAUUAUAUUUUAGCAAAAUUGUUUUAUACAUAGCGAUGUAAAAAAAAAACCGUUUAGUAAAAUAUUGUAAUAUAAAGUUCCCAUCGUACGUUGGCCAGACUUUAUUGUAAUACACAGACACAUUAUUUUUAAUGGCUUAUAAUUUUCGGUUUUCUAUAGAUGUUGUUCUGUCUCUCUCUUAUUUUUAUAGGUUUAAUAUAAUAUACACGUGGACUGUUCGGAUCCUCCGCCGCUUCCUCCACGCCCGCAUUCUUCCAUUGUUAUCCCUAUCCGAUUCUCCUCUGAUACUUAUAUCCGCUGCGUUUAUAUUUAUUAUGGGUCUCUUGUUGCGGUGUCAAACCGUCUUUGGCGCGGUCUUCUAUAGAAUAACAUAUACACGAUAUUUCUGUUAUAAUGUACAGUCGAUUUUUUGAAAAUAAUCCCAGUUUCGUCGUAUAAAUAGCUUUAUAACCUAUAGCAUAUUAUAAAUUAAUACAUCCGUGAGAUCCGUCGUUAUAGUCGAAUUUACCCCAACCUCUUCUGUGUCAUAGAAAUAUUCUUUGCAGGUUAAAUAAUAAAUAACCGAGUACUAUAAUAGUAUUAUAUACAUAUAUAUAUAUAUAUAUAUGUAUAUAUUACAUACUAGUUGUCAAAAAAUGGUGAAAUUUAAUCAUAUAACAGCGGUGGAGGUGGAUGCUGAAAGUCAGAACCCUUAAAUAGCACAUCCUGAAUAGUGAAUACUAAUUCUAAAGUAUACACAAAAUUGCAUUCCUCUGACUUCAUUUGAAGGGGGAGGGGCCUGUAAGGGUAAAAAAUACCCUCCUCCCGCAACAACGAGGUGAAAUUCAUAUUUAAAUUUAAUCUAACUGUUAUCAUUUCAAUUUGCUUAUAAAACAAUUCUAAUUUCGAAGUUUGAGAUUAUUUGUUAGGGGAUCGUUAAAAGUAUCCGAAAGUAACGGGGAAAAGGUAUACAUAUUUUAUACCUGUGGCGUAUCUAUGGGUCUGUUUGUUUUUUUGUCAACUAUAUAAAUCUAUAAUCUGUUUUAUUCUAAUCUUGAUGAAACGUUGCACAUGUGCGUUCAUAACAAGAGUCCUCUAAACGAUAGAGUCCUCUAUCAACGAUCGCUGCUAAAUUUUUUCUCGAAAUUUAACUCCUAAAGCUGACAACGGAUUUUCGGUUUUCUUUAAACGAAAAUUGAAUAUUUCUUUAAUUUAUGGGUUAUUUUGGCAAUACGGGUGAAACAAAACAGUUUGAUUGUCCCAGACAAGAAAGUACCUUUCUAAAAAGAUAAAUUAGGCCAUUGGGGAUAAGAUUAGAAACGGGGAAACUUGUUAAAUAGAAUAUUUGUAUUGUUUUCUGUUUUUGAAAGCAUUGAACCCGCUAUUUAAAUAUAAUGUGCACAAUACAGGACAAUAAUAAGGAAAAAUUCGACAAAAAUCUUAUACGAAAUGAACGCAGAGUAAUUGUUUAAAUUCGUCGUCGCGUUUUACAUCCCAUACAGUAUACAAUAUACUUAUUAUACUUGCCCGUAUUACAUAAAUAAUAUAUUCGUAUAGGUAUGCAAGUAUUAUUAAAAUACAUAGUUAUGUUUCAAGUUUAAUAAAAUAUAAUAAUCGCAGACAUACCUAUAUUAUAAAUCUUUCUGUUGAUAUUCUUUCUUUAAAAUAUUAUACCUAUAUUUUGACGAAAUAUGAAAUACAGAAUUGACAUUUAGUUGGCAAUUUUUACGGCGUGUAUACCCAUAUUGGAUAUUUUUAAGUACCUGUUUUCGUUUUUAAAUCUUUGAAAUUUUUACUUAUCGGCCAUAAUGUUUAUUUGUAUUUAUUUUGUACUUGAAUUUCUCUUGUACAUUAUAUUUGAUGUUGGACAUUUUAAACUUGAACUUUAUAACCAGAUAUCGUAUAUUAUUAUGAUAUGUGAGCGGCCGCUUUAAUCAUCAGUAGUGAUACAUGUGUACGCCGUCAAAAAAUAUUAAGAAUGUCCAGUAUACGCAUUAAACAAAGGUAUAUUAUUAUUUGAAUAAUUUGUUAUAUUAGGUACGAGCACGGAUUAGAAUAAUACAUACAAACAUAUCGUUCGGUAAAAUUUACAUUUUUCCAUUUAUGAGGAGGGCGGUUUUUUAUUUGAAUGGUGUAUUUCCGGCUCAGAACCGUACGAGCGAUGAUAUGUCUACGUCAUAAUGGAUAUUUUGGUGAUUUCUCGAGCGGAAGUCGAAUGGGAAUGGUGUCAUUAUUAUCCGUGCAUCUAUCUGUCCGUACGAGUACUUACGUAGAAGACAAAAUAAUAAAAAUAAAACAAGAAACUGGUGAAAUCACAGAACGUUUCCGGCUUAUUUUUUUAAAACAGUGUUUGCUCGUCGAAAUUAUUAAAAGUGUCCGGAUUUGAAUGCAAUGUGCAUUUUUGUUUUUAUUAGUGGCUUAAUAAAAUAAACAUUCCAUUAGUAGGUAAACGGAAUAAUUAACCUAAACUUAGUAUUUUAAAAGUGAAACUUUUAUUUCGUUGUUUACACAUUUUUCGAAUGCGUUAUUGCCGGCCAAAACACAUUUUCGAUUAUUUUAUUUGAAGAGACGUUUUUCAGAGCUAGUCGCUAACUCUAUUAUGCUGCCCGGUAGUGUAUAGUCGAAUAUUCGAUCACGUUUGGGGGUGGGCGGGGGGGGAGGUUUUUUGACUAAAUUUAUCCUACCCAUUCCGCACGAUUAACAGUUCACGCUUCAACUUACCGCUUACCAAUUUUCAACUUCGAGAACAAAUGUGUAAAAAAAAAAAUCUUACGUUUUGCGAAAUAUCGAUAAACGCCAAAACCCGUACGCCAAAACGUUACGGGGAAAUUGAUUGAGAAGCGAUAAUGCGGAACGCGGGGGGGACUACGCGUUUCCCCGCGGCUUGAAAAAAAAUCAUUGGGCAGCUAAAGCUCUCUCUACCCCCCCCCCCCUAUGUUUUGCGGUUCUUUUUACCGGGUCCUGUUUCUAUAAUAUUAUAUACGGUUAUAUUUCGAUAAAAGACACUAUGCGAUUCCCCGUGUACGUCCACAAUAGAAGUGCGCGUAUAAUAUACGCCGUCGUCGUCUCGAUGCGAUACCGCUGCGAGAAGGCGUUGUGAAUCGCCGCAACAAGUGGCCGAUGGGUGGUCAAUAUACGGGAUGGCUCUAUACACGCACUGCACAAACACACACACACACACGCACGCAAUACACACGCGUAUAUGUAUAUAAAAUAUUGUGUAGACACACGCGCACGGCAUAAUAUAAUAUAUAAUAUACGCAAUAUACAGAGUGUGUACGGCGUAUAAUGUACAAUCGAGGGUGUUCCACGUGUGUGGUCCGAUAAACGAGCGAGCGAGCGGGUUUCUUCUGGUAGCCGCGCUGUUCUUCUUAUCCGCGGCAACAUUACACUGCCGCUCGUGUGCGUAGCCGCACGGAGUGGCGCCGUUGUUUAUUUACAUUUCCUCCCCUCUCGCUCCUCCGUCCGUCGGUCCGCGUCCGUUCGCCGACAGUCCGGCGAGCGCCCGCCGACUCCGCGCCGCGCCGCGCCCCAAAGUCGCCGCGUCCGCCACCGGACUCGGCUCGCGUAUAAUAUAAUAUAAUAUGACGUACGCGCGCACCUAUCGCACCGUUACGGGGGUCUAUAAAACGCGUAAUAAUAAUAAUAAUAAUAACAAUAAUAAUAAUAAUAAUAAUAAUAAUAAUAAUAAUAUACAGGUACACGGCGGCGGUGCGCGUUAUCAGAAAGAGUUGACGCCGGGGACGGGUGCGGCCACCGGCGGGCAGUUCGGGAAGGUGCACGGAUACGUAAAGUUAUACGAUUUACGCCCGUACGGCCGUAACGAUAAACCGUUGCUGACGAAAAACGAUCCGGUGCGAAAUCUCUCGAAAGGCCGUACAAUUAUUAUUCACGAUUUUCGUCAAAAUUUAAUCUCUUAUACACUGUUAUCGAUCACUAAGUACGACUUACGAUGAACUUACUGUCAAAUUUUCGAGCACUUCUGUUCAGUCUAACAAUUAUCGUAUUCGCAGAGCACCUACUAAAUUUUAUGUACGUAAAAAACUCGUAAAAUUAAAAUGUCGCUGAAAAAUCGUUGCGCCGGAAUUUGAAAAACAAAUCACGUUUUUCGUCUUUUUUGGUUUUUCCUAAUUACUAUGCAAAAUACUUUAGAUACCAAUAAACGACUUUCAUUGUCAAUGGCUAUAUAGGUCAAAAGUACCAAAACUGGUCCCUUGUCAUUUUUCGAUUGGAGCAAUAUUUCUGGCAGAAAACAUCGUGUAUACAAAUUUAAAGUAAUGAAAUCGGUGACGCCGAGGCGUAAAUGUUUAUCGUUUUACCGAUAAUUUUCUUUCGGGUUUUUCACAAUUAUUUUGAAAACCCCUAGUGGAAAAUCAAAAAAUUACCUCCCCAACGCACCAACUAGAUAAAAUUACCUUUUAUAAAAGGUGCUAUACUUGAUAGUUCGGAGCAAGAUUUUUGGUAGAAAAGUUGUUCACAGACACAAAAAAAAAAAAAAAACAUACAUCAUAAUAACAAUCAAAACGGGUAUCAGAUUUUUUAAAAAUAUAAUGUACCGAAUGAUUUUUUCCGCUACGAACCCGUCGCCGCUGCAACCGUAUGCAUGAACAUUAUAUGUACGAAGAUUUUCGCGUAUAACUUUUACGAAUCAUAUUAGGCAAAAUAUUGAAUUUCACAUAUUUUACCGUAGUUGCAAAAAAUUCAUUUAAUAUUUAUAUUGUAUGUUUAAAUAAAAAUAUUAUGCACCGUCGCCAUAAAAAAAUGUUAGCCAUCACCGGAAUAACAAUUAUUUUACUGUAUGUUUGUUGUAUAUAUUACUGUAUAACAUAGUCCAAUACAUUUUAGUGCAUAAAUCCGUGUUCUAAUUAAUCAUAGGGAGGGGUGAAUAUUGAAAUAUAUAAUAUUAUAAUAAAUAUUAUAGAUAUAAUCGUAGAACGGGAGAACUAAGCGAUGUUUGGAUCCCGACAUUCUCUGCAGCUCCUAUGAAAAAUGAACGCCCAGGUAAAAGUUUUCUCUUGUUACCCCCCCCCCUUUUUUUUUUUUAUAAAAAAAUUUACAAAUUAUACUAUAGGCAUAUUACUGUAUCUCGUUAAUGAAAAAAAUACCUAAAAUGUUAAGCGUUGUGAGGAGCCAAUUUUUUGAUGAGUUGCGUGAAAAGUAAAAAAAAAAAAUUGUUGGCUCGUUUCUACAAUACAAUAAUCGUAAACAGAUAUAUUCUUUUUAUCGUUGUAAAUUACUGUUAAUUAGUAUACUAUUUGUCUUUUUUCGUUUAACUACCACAAAGAAUAAUGCAUACUUUAUAUUUCGGAGGGUGAAGGGCUUUUGGAUUCUCAGAAUCUCCUCUUGCGUUUCACUCUAAAAAACCUAAUGCUUUUAAGGAGGUUGUGGGAGUAACGGAACCCACGAGCGUGCCGCGUACGUAUGUAAACAAUUUUGAUAGGGCUACCUUCCUUUCUUCCUCCUUCCACGAAAAAAACAUCACGCUUCGCCUAUGAAUAUAGGACCGUUAAAUGAUUCUAUAAAAAUUGUGUGGACAGUAACAAUAGAAAAAAAAAAACCGAAAUCGAAUCAAACUCCUCGUGUUCGUGUUGUGUACAUGAUGGAUACAAUACAGCCGAUAUUAAUCCACGGCGCGGCGGUUCGUGAUAAAAAAAUCACCCUGUAUAUUAUAUCAAAAUGCGGCGCGUUUUUUAAAUUUUCUUUCUCGAUUCAAACGAAAAACCAAAAAAAAAAAAAAAAAUUCUUGGCGGAUGACCGGACUACGCGGGUUACACGGAUAUAAUUCGUUUUUAAUUAAUAAAGCCGACACGAAACGACUCGCCACCGCCGCCGUAUAAUAUAUUGUCGUAAAACAGACGACGACAGCGGCAAGCCAAUAGUUCGUGUGUGGUACGACCGUACCAAUGACGUUUUACACCUUUAUUUAUAAUUUGUUGCGUUGUUUUUUUCCAUUUUUUUUUCCGCCCGUAUUAUACACCUAUCUUAUUUAAAUAUAUAUAUGUAUACGUAUAAAUGCCAUGUAAUAUUAUAAUAUACUUACGUGCAUUAUAAUAUUAUUAUUAGUACCUAUAUACCGAUUGUAUAUUUUGUCUUACAAAAUAAUUUAUCAGCUAUACGCACGGUAGCAUGUUUACGCCGCACCCGUCUGAAAAAAAUAACGUAUAAGUACCGCCAAUCUUUGGCGACCUAUAUUUUAGUGUAGACAUUGUAUAUGACGUAUAUAUAAUUCGUUAUAUUAUAAAUAAGUGUAAAUAUCCUAGGAUUGCAUUGAGCUGAUUGAUUUGAUAAAAUAAUCGUAAUGUUUACCUAAAACCCCGAUAAAGUCCAUAUUCAAUAGAAUUGUACAGCUAUAAUUUACAUUUAUUUCGUUUUAUUUUGCUUGAAACGCGGAUGUAUAUGCAAAUAUAAUUCGAAUGUAUUUUUACAGAAUACGUUCGAAAACAAAAUAUGAAGAAUAAUCUAUUUAAAACGAUGAAAUAACAAAUAAUCGACGAAAAAAAAUACACAAAACUAAUCGUACGAUACGGUCGAAGUGGAACCGAUAAAUAGUUUUAUAAAACGACAAAAAGUGCUACAACGGCUAGGGCGUAUAUGAUGAGCAUAAAAUAUUAUACGAGUAUACGAUAAAAGAAGAGCGUGAUACUAUUAAAACAGUGUUAGAUCGGAAACCGCGGAGGGAUUCGUUGUAAAAGAUGAAUUAGAAGAAUUGGAAUGUUGGCAGUAGACGGAUGAUAAGACACGUUCAAGACAAGUGUCGAUUGCGUGAGGUAAUGUUGAAGGUGAAAACUCUCAGAGUGCUAUUAAGGCCGAAAGGAGAGAAUUAUAAAUUAUUACGCGAUGAAAACAAACAAUAAUUUUUAUCAGUAAUAUUGUGCAUAUCACUUUAGAUUCUGAGCGAAGAACCUAUUAGUGUUAUUACCUAAGUUAUGUGUGUUUUUUUUUUUUAUCAGAAAGCUCAUUGCCGGUUAGUAUGAAAAUGGUCUAACAUUUUCAUAUCGUAUUUUACUUAAAAGACAUGACUUUUUUUUAUAGUACUUUAUUUUAAUUUAUAUUUUCAUUUCUUGGGAGGGAAAAAAACGAAAUUUCAAAAUGAAUGAUUAUAAUAAAUUCGAUGAUUAUUGAUUACAAUUUAUUAAUCGGUACAGCCAAUAUGCCGACUAUGUAAGUAUAGACCAACGAACACUCAACAGGGGGGGAAUUCCUCCCUAGGGUUAGGUUAGGUUAGGUGGAAGGGAGGAAUUCAGGUACUGCGUGGCGGAUAAUAUAGCGGUGAUGUAAUUAUAAGAAUAAAAUGUGCAAAUUUACUAUAUCUGAAAUUAAAAACAAUAAGUUCAUAUUUUGAAUUAAUAGGGAGAGAAAUAUAAUAAGGAAUAUCUAAAAGGGGGAUGGGGUGUAGAAUAAAAAAAAAAGUUGGAAAACACUGGUUUGCCGGGUGAUUCAUUUAAUGAAAUAGAGUGAGAAAAUGAAUGAAAUAAUGAAAUAAAGUAAUCAUUAUCUCGAAAAGUAUUAUCUUUUUUUGGAAUUUGUUUUCUAGAAUAUUUAAGAAACAAUCAGCUCUACAAUUUUAUAUCUAUGUUAUUUUGUAUAACCCUUAUUUUUGGGAGCAAACCACUACCUCCUUUUGAUUUUCCAAUGGCGAUCUAUAUUAAAAAUUCCAUUAAUAGAUGGAAUGUUAGUUAAAAUAAAUUUGAGUGUUGACAUAUUUUAUUUCUGUCAAGUCGUCUUUCAAUUUUAAGUUUGAGGAAAGUAGUGAUGCAUUAAUAAGAAGUCGCGCGCCGUACCGCCACACAAACAAUUUACUACAACACACCCCACUAGUUUCCUCCUACCCAAAUUUAAAAGUGGAAUAAAUCGUCAACAGAUCAACGGAAAUCAAAAAUGUUAACUCUAAAAUUGAUUUUAACUAAUACUCCAUUUAUUUAUGGAAUUUUUAAUAUAGGUUUUUGUUUGUAAAUCAGAAGUAGUUAAUAGUUUUACUCCCAAAAAUAAGGGUGACAAAAGAUAACACAAAUAUAAAAGUAUGGUGCAGCUUGUUUCUUAAAUGUUCUGGAAAACAAAUUUCGAAAAAAGUUAAUAGUUUCCGAGAUAAUGAGUGUUCUCAUUUAAAUGAAUCACCUGGUUGAUGAUGUAGUUGUUAUGUACCUACUUAGAUAUUGUGACUACUGACCUGUGAGUUAUGAUGAUAAAUUGCAACGUUAGAAAUUAUUGAUAAAAUUGCGCUCAAGAUUUGUUAAACGCGUAGUAGUGGGGUGGCAUGGUAGUGGGAGGUAGGGGGGGUCUUACACCGGUGUUAAUUUUGAAUUCACGCGCGAACCGUUUUAACCGCUAAAAUCCGCGGUAGGCUUAAAAUCGACAAUUCCCGCGAUUCUGCGAUACUCUCGGCGAGUAUAAGAAAAUUCGAAUAAUACCUAUGUACGCACAAUAUGCACAGAAUAUAUCGAUAGAAAUGAAAAAAAUAAAAAAUUUAAAUAGAGAUUAGAAUAGCUAAUUAUGACGUAUUCGACUUACCUGUUCGACUCGGUGUUUGGCGAGUGAGGAUAACAGGUGUUUAUAAUGUUCGGCAGGUAACAGCAGCAUGUUUCGUGCGUUAACACCGGUAUGCGUUCGCUACGGUCCAGCACAUGUCACGUGGCGUACAGGUCGGGUGAACGUGCGUUAGGUUUUUGACGCAAAUGCUCCAUGGCCAAUUGUCACACUAGUACUGUGUACCGGUAACCACUAACCGGGUAACGGCGUGCGGAAACGCGAUCACGCGACGACGGCAACGAUAUACGUUAGCGAGCG